AUGUCCACCCCAAAGGAUUGUCAGCAGGUAAGACAACUGAAUGUUUUAAAUGUACAGGCUACUAUAGAUUUAAGAGCAUUUCCGUUGGCACUGAAGGUGACUAGAUAUUUGGUCAUCUUGUGCACAUAUUCCUGUGAAUGUCCAAAAUGAUGGAGGGUGUCAACCAUCAGCCCAGAAUGCUCACAAGCAGCAGACAUCUGAUGAAUUCCUAGAAAUGCAGAGAUAAACCAGUGAAUGUGGCCUGUCACUUAAUGGUCAUUAUUGUCAGUAUUUACUUAAUGUCACUUUGGACAUUGAACAGAUACAUGUGGGAAAGGAAUUGACAACAUUUGCUCAUGUUUGUUGACCAUCUCUACCAUUUCAGAGUUUCACAGUAGCAUACUCUACAUUUACACGCUACGGACAUACUACAGCCAGCUGCAUAAUAGAUAAAAUACUUGUCACAGGUCACCAUAGCAAAAUAUAUUCAACAACAAAUGUGUGUGUGUGUACCAGUAAUAGUUCUCAACAGCCAGAUUUGUUUUAAUUUUAACAACUUCUUGGUUGGUUGGUUGGUUGGUUGGUUGGUUGGUUGGAGAAUGAAUUUACCCCCUAUUCUCUGUGACAGUCGCCUCCUCAAUUGCUCUGCUUUCUCUUUUCCAGGUUGAAUUUGCCCACUUUCCCACUUCCUUCCAAUCUUGUUUUCCAUUUCACUGGCUGCCUUUCCCCCCUUCCUCUGAACACCUUCCUGUUUGUCUACGUGCUAAAGUAUGGUGCCCAGAACUGAACAGAUUACAGUGGUACCUCGGGUUGCAUACGCUUCAGGUUACAUACGCUUCAGGUUACAGACUCCGCUAACCCAGAAAUAGUGCUUCAGGUUAAGAACUUUGCUUCAGGAUGAGAACAGAAAUCAUGCUCCAGCAGCGCGGCGGCAGCAGGAGGCCCCAUUGGCUAAAGUGGUGCUUCAGGUUAAGAACAGUUUCAGGUUAAGUACGGACCUCCGGAACAAAUUAAGUACUUAACCCGAGGAACCACUGUACAUGAGAUGAGAAUGAAGAAAUAAUAAACCUCAUUGCCUGAGGAUAGAGAGAGGGAAUGAUUUUGAACUGCAGGGAUGUACAUUAGAAUGAACAUAAAGAAGGGUUUCCUACUAUAAGAGCAGCCUGCAAAUGGAAUUGAUAGCUUAGAGAGGCUUCCUUGAGGGGCUCCUAUUAAGUUGAAAUAAGAUCUAUUUGGGAUACUUUAAUUGUAGUAUGGUAAUCUCAGAUCAUGAAAGCUCCUCCAAGUCUGUGACUUGGAUCAUUUACAAACCCCCCACCCCAUGGAGAUGAACCCUAGCAAAAGCUGUACUUAUUAAAUUUUGGUAUAAGCAAUUGGAGGGUCAAUUUUCUACGCAGUUAAUUUCUUGACAUCACCACCGGAGAAGUGUGAGGUGCUUAUAAGAAGGAGAGCUGGGCUCCUUCUGCAGCUGAAGAUUAGCUGUGAGCUUCAUUUUAACACCAUAUUUGUCUUCAUGCUGAAAAGCACGGCCGUCACACUCAGAUGUGCUGUUAAUACACACAAAAACCACAAUUUUAAAAAUUCUAAGACCGUAUUUCAGCUAUACUAGACCGUAAGGUAUCUUAUAGUAAGACACGGUAGCAUCUCUGGAAAUCAGACCUAAGCAACACUUCACAAUGCUUCUUUUUAAUAAAGUAAAAUGAAAUGGUUGAGUUACAGCUGGGAUAAUCAUAAUCAGACAUACCUCUUGGAUACACACCAAAGCCCACUCCCCUCCCAAUUAUUUUAUUUUAAAUGAGGUUUUAAAAACUUUUUGUUAUUUGGCUUUGAAGGGGUGCCUGCUUUUUGGUUUGUGUUUUAUGAGUUUUUGGAGGGUGCAGGGUGGUUUUUUUGCCUGUUGGGGUCUGAAAGCUGCCAGCCCCUCCCCCCCAUUCUGUGAAAUGGGUAUUUUGUGUGCCCAUGAUGAUUUCUUAACUUUCUGAAUGUGGCCCUGGGCACAAAUAAUUUGUGAUCCCCUGGGUUACAACAAUACUUUCAUAAGCAGUUGUACAAAACAGAAGGAAGCAAACGGCAGCUAAACCAAUCUUGGUUGCAAGGAGUGGUGUGCAAAGGGACUCAGAUUUCAGCUGUUUUGCUCAAUUUUAAAAACAAAGCAGAUGAAGCUAACUCAGCAAGGGCUGUCAUUUUAAAGCACGAAGCCUUUCUGCUUCAUGCAAAAGAGGUCUACACAUUUGUAUACACUUCCUCCUUAAACCUGCAUGUGAAAUUGAAUACACAUCCAUAAAUAAGCAGAAUAUUGUUGCUGUUUUACAAAAGAAAAAAAAGCCCAACUAGUUUUUCAUCAACUGUGCAAACACAGACCUUCAAGAGAAACUAUACAGAAGUAAAGUCAGAGCAGAAUUAUCGUGCUUACACUUAUUGCAUCAGUGGUAAGAAUUCAACAGGAACAAUGUUGCAUAGAACGUAGGACUGGAAAGUUUUGGGCUCAAAUGCUUGCACAGGCCUAAAGUAAACCUGGUGUUCUGUCCCUUAAGCUAGCCUACCUCAUAGGACUGGUGGGAUAAUUCUAUGUGUGUGCUACCCUGAGCACCUUGGUGGAGGAAAGAUGAGAUGUAAGUUUCAUGAAAAAAUGUAAAGUGCUGUUCAUUGGCUGAACUUUGCUGAAAUAAUGGGUGAUUGAGCUACCAUUCCAUAAGUAAUAAGAGGAACAAUAUAAAACCGAUAAGCAUUCUCUGGAAAAUCUCUGCACAUUUGCCUAUCUCUUUCCUUGUGGGGCAAAUAACAGGUGUGAGAAGAGUAAUUUUCCUCUGGAAAAUGGCAGGGAAGUCAGCCCCCACUCUGGCUGAAAAGAAAAAGGUGUAUGAAAGAGGCAGGACCCUAAGCUGAAGAGCGAUGGCUGAAGUAAACCGGGGGGCGGGGAGAGGGAGAGGAUAUCAGAAAGAAAGGACAGGAAUGAAAACACUGGACGUCCAAAGACCACUGUGUUGGUGUUUCUGAUUUAACUAUACAGAUCUUGGCUGUAGGCUUCAUAGGUCACCUGUUCCCAGCUUCAGAUGGGUACACACACCCUCAAACCUGGCCCAAGACAUUUUGUUGCAUGAAGCAAAAUGGUGUCCUGACCUUCUCCUCUACCACCACCACCUGAGGUGACUGGAGAUAACCCAGGGAGGCCCCAGUGUGCUGAAGGCAGAGGAGGAGAAAAAUGGCCAGAAAGGAGCAGGUUGGGGCAGAAAGGCAUGCUCCUCAGGAGCCUUCAGAGCCGAGGAGGAGGAGGAGUUGAGUCUCAGUGGGUGGGCAGCUGUUUCUGAGUGGCAGAGGGCUUUCCUUCUCAGGGGGUGACUGGGAUGGUGACGGCAGCUCCUAUCCACAGAUGAAAGGAGAAUGGCAAAGGCAGCCAAUGCAUGUAAGAACACUCCUCUUUUUCCAGAUCUGCUGCUCCUCACAGCUGUCCCCACCCUGUCACCUGAGGCAACUGUCUCAGUGGGGCUAAUGGGCUGGCUGGCCCUGCACCCCCCCCCCCGCUUCAUUCCCACUUUUCCUUGACUCCAACCACUCCCAUUUCCAUAUGCCUCUUUCAUCCCCAUGUGUCAGCUUCAUGACAGCAUGUAAGCAAAUUUGGGCCAACUUACAGAAAUAACAAUAGUCAAAUAUCUCCAGCUAUUCUUUGCCGUGUGACACUUUGAGAAAUGAAGAGGCCAAGUGGGCUUUUAUUUGCAUCUGUAUGUUUAUACUGCAUGCCAACGUGAGCUAAAUGAAAAGAAAACCUUAGAAGGGAUAAUGUCUGUGCAUUUGCCCAACAGCCAAUUCUAUAAACAGAAAAGUCAUUGAGUCCUUGCCAGGCUGUGCCUAUUUAUCACCAUCCCUAUUCAGGAAUAUGGAGGGGAAUAUCAUAGCAGAGAUAGGAACGUAAGGAACUGCCUUAUGCCAAUUCAGAUCAUUGGCCUGUCUAGCCCAGCAUUCCUUUGUCUACUAGGAAAGUUCUUCAUCCUGCUCAGUAUUGUUUGCGUUGACUGACAGCAGCUGAUAAGAAUUUCAGACCAGGGGUUUUCCCUGGAAAUGCUGGGAAUCUGCAUGCAAAACCCUUGCCCAAAAUAGGUCCAAGGAAGUCAGCAGUGAGAGAGUUCAGUGAAGCUGUCAAGUGGGCCUAGGCUUGGUGCUUGAGGCAUUAUGGGAGAGCAAGAAUGAGCAGCCAUAUUGGUUCCUGAGACCCCUUGAAAACGUCAGAGCAGCUGGUAGGCUUAGCUGCCUAACAAUUGGGGAAGGCAGCUUCCUUUGUCGUGGGGCUGCGGGUUGGGGCGGGGGAUGGAGGUGAGGACAGGCUUUGUGCCUAUGUUGGCAUGCAAGAGAAAUUCCUACCCCAAUUAGGGCUUAUGAACUAAUUGGCAGCACACUCCCAUUCCAGCAGCCAAAGCCAAACAAUCGCAGACAAUUUAUUUCCUCCAUGGGCAGCUAACAAAGCACAGGAUCAUUCAGGCAGCCACCAUGACUCAACUGGAUCCCUUCUGCAUUCGUUGUGAAGUAUUUCUUAGAAAGAGGUUUUGAAAAGUGGUUCAAUGAAGCCACACCAGCCUUUAGCCUGCCAGACCAUUCAAAACAGAGGCCUUAGGUCUUUGUGUCAGCCUCAGGGCCAACGUCUGUGCAUACUACUUACAAGUGUGCUGCCCCUCACAUGGACAUUGCUAUGGGCUUGUGUGCACCUGUACACAUCUGUUGCAUUUAUGUGACUUAAAAAAGCUGGAGGAAACCCUGAAACAUUUCUGUGACACUGACUUAAGCAAGGAUGUGAAGAGUCAGGUUCUUCCCCUCUCAUUGGCCAAAGCUGAAAAUCAAUAUUAAAAAGCAAGGAACCUGUGGUAAAUGUAUUCAAAAUUAGUAUGAAAGCAGCUCAGAAGGAAUGAGGGGCAAGGUAAUGGCCAGGCCAAGAUAAGGUCAUCAUGUUCAGAUACAGCGGCGUAGCGUGGGUUGUCAGCACCCGGGGCAAGGCAAGUAAUUUGCGCCCCCUAACCCGGGGCAAGGCAAGUAAUUUGUGCCCCCUAACCCCUAACCUGCCGCCGCUGCCAGCUUCUUCUUGCUGCUGCCUGGUCUGGUCUGGUGUGGUUCUCUCCCGCGCUCAGCGCUGCGCUGGGCGGCAACUGAACUGUCCCUCCCCCAGAUAGUCCCUCGCUCUCUCUCCGCACCGCACGCCUGGCACCCACCCCCUCCACAGUGGGCGGCGACCCAGCGGCUCGGAUCGGAUUCACACAGCCAGCACUGCAGUGAGAGAGAGUGAGUGAGCCAGGUAGGGGCAGAGAGCUGCGAGUGUGAGCGCCCCCCCCCCAGAUGUUGCGCCCGGUGCGGCCGGCCCCCCCUGCACCCCCCAUGCUACGCCACUGUUCAGAUAUUUAACAAAACAUAAAAUUUCCAUCCAAGAUGGUUGUCAACAGAAAUGGAAUGGGAGAAUAUCAUAUCAUGCAACCUUUUGGGAGCUGAAUCCAGAAUGCAUGCCUUCCGGGAUGCGUUCAAAGUGCUUUUUGGGGGCUAGAGCACCGCACAAAAGCAUGUGAGAUCACGGCCCCCAAAAUGGCCACUGAGAUCUUGCAUGAAAAAAAUAGGAUGCCCCAUUUUUUCCAGGGCACUUGGCAGGUAUGGAAUAUUUUAUUUCUUUCAGAGGAAAACAAAUGGCUAUACAGGGAAGCAGUGGUUCACGAGGUCCAAUUACUGUUUGCCUGGGUGAAUCAUAGCCAAAAAUGAGACAGUGUGGCCAGCCACAGGAUUGUCACCUUUACUCGAAGGGUCAAGACUGGCAUCAGCAUCUGGCAUCCUGCUGGGGCCCUAUAACUCCAGGGCUGGCAGAGCCCAUCACUGGUGCCUGGUGCUUCAAGCAAUGCCCAACAGCUCAUCUCACAGCCAUUUUGAUUUCCCAGAAUGCCCUGGAGUGAUGCUACCUCAGGGGAUUUGUGGGAAAUUAAAAUAGGGAUACCAAUGGAGGUGAGGACCUGCAGACAAAUAAAGGAGGAGGGCACUGUUUGCCCAGAACCUUGAAAAUCUUGAUCUAGUCAGAGAACAUUUGAAAUGUUUAAAUUAAAAUAUUCCCUGUAGUCAGGGCUUUUUUUCACCUGGAACUCAGUUCCGGAACCUCUUAGGUGGGCGCCAUGGCCACUCUAAGAGAACAAAGGAGGCGUUCAUGGCACUUCUUUUUCUAGAAAAAUAGCACUGCCUGUAGUGAUACAUUAAAAAGUAUAGAAGUGAAGGAAGCCGCUUACUUCAGUAGUCAGAAACUAGCUAAGUGGCAACCUAGAUUAGAAAUCCUUAAUAGCAGAGUUGCCUCUGAACUGCCUAUGGUAAAUGCAAAAGGCAUUCAAAGAGCUCGGGGAGGCCACGAAUGCAGUUACUCCUAAGUAUCUCUUCAGAGAUUAUAAUAAGCAGAUCACAUGAAGACUGAUUCACCUACUGAGGUUACCACUGGGUCUAGGUUAUGUUGAGUCAUGCCCUGAUGUGUAGGUGGCACUGGAUACUUUGUUUUUCCGACGGAGAUUAACUCGUCAGACUAGUUUGCGAUAGUUAGUAGCCUACUGCGUUUUAGUACCAUAGCAUACUUGGGUGGCCUCAUUCUUCCCAGGGAUAUUUGAGUUUUCCUUCCCAUUAAUUAGCACACACUUCCUAUAAAAGGAAAUGGAUGAACCUUUAGGUAUCUAGGGCAGUGCGAUCACUAUAAAUACACUGCUCUUUUAAAAAGGUAACGUGACUGAAGCUGUUCCUUGAAUCAGGAGAUUACCGCGGUUGCAUAUAGGAUACUUAAAGGAAAAAUAGUGUUGAUUUUCCAGCGUGUAGAACAGUCUCACAACACAGGCCUCUUCUUCCCAUAUUGUUUUCCAGCCCCUUCAGCCACAGGCAUCUUUGAUAUGCUCAUUGUAAGGCAUGCUAUGCACUCUGGAGAGCAGAAUGUUACAAAGCUAGUAAAGGAAGGUAGCAUCUCUUUGAACUGGGGUAGCCAACAACAACUUAUGCCUGUGUAUGGCCCUCCAAUUGGCUUGUUGUGCUCCCCAAUCACUCCCUCAAAUGUGUCACUUUUAAAAAAUUAUUAUUUUCUGGAUUGCUCCUAUAGGUCUCCAGCUGUGUUGUCAAAUUAUUAUUUUUAGUGCUUUUAAAUAAUAAUAAUAACGUAGAUUUUUUAAUCAACUGAUCCCUUAGGUUGUCUGCUGUGGUACUGUUAUUAUUAUUACUAUUAUUUUGCUGACGGCUUCUUGUUGUGACACAGGGACGCCAAAAUAUUGUGUGACCAUCCAAGACCCAAGAUCUGCCCAUUUUAAAUAAAAAUGAACGUUUUAAUAUCACCCCCCCCACACACAAAAAUGUUCCCAUAUGUACAUAGGAAAACGGAAAGCUCCCUUAUAUUGACUAUUGAUCCAUUUAGUUUAGAAUUUCUUAUACUGACUGGUAGCGACUCUCAAGAAUGUCAGGCAGCCAACACUCCCAGUGCUUCCUGGAAUAGAACCCAGGGCCUUCUGCACGAGGCACAGAUGCCCCCAUCCCUGUGCUGUGGUACCCCAAUGUGAUGCCCAAAUGAUUUUUGUAGCCCCUCAAUGCCCCCCCCCAACGUAUAUAACGGCAGUUUAAAAAACAGAGGCAAAAGCACUCCAUAAAACUGAGUGCAAUCCAGUUAAAAAUAGUUCAGCAGCUUGAUAAAAUAGAGGCACCAAGGAAAAGGCAACCCAAAUAUAUACCUUUUAAAGGCCUCUUUGAAGGCUUGUACUGUCAGGGCCAUUUGUAAUUCAUUUGUAAGGGAGUUCUACAACCCAGGAGAUGCUCUUGCUUAAAGACGAUCUUUCUUCUAGCAAGCGGAGGCAGCUCUCGUGUAUUAAAUUGUAAUUUAUCUCGCACUUCCUUCAGUAUCCAAAAAAGGCAUCUAUAUUGAGGUUUUGACAGCCAGCAGUCAAUUAACUAAAAAUGAAAAGCAGGUAAUUAACCAAUUAAAAUUCUGUGAUCAGUUCACAGCCCCAGUGCUCCUACAUUUUGAGCCAAUGAAGCAUUUUAGUUCCUGGGCAGAAUAAAUCUGGGGUGGGGGGGGAGAAGAUAACGUGGUACAGGUGUAACGUAGUACACCUGUAACUAAAGUGCUGCCUACACCUUCCCAAGUGCUGCUCUAAGAUGCCACCUGGUGGUUGUUUCUGAAUGCUGCUGUACACUGAAGUGGGAAGGGGAGGGAGGAGGAGGGGAACGGACUGCAAGGCACAGGAACAGGGGGAACUGACCAUGGCAGUAGUGGAUAAACUCAUACAUGGAAAAGCAAAGGAACUGGAUAUUGUGAGCUAGGCUCAGUCCUAGUGGUACAGAACACAGAAAGAUGGGGGCGAUUAUGAGGUUCAAAACACAGAAAUAUGGAGUGAUUGUGGGGUUCAGAGCAGCAGAAAUUAGAAGCCAUGAAAGGCGGAAUGGGACUACAGUGGCACCUCGGGUUACAUACGCUUCAGGUUACAUACUUCAGGUUACAGACUCCGCUAACCCAGAAAUAGUGCUUCAGGUUAAGAACUUUGCUUCAGGAUAAGAACAGAAAUCGUGCUCCAGCGGUGCGGCAGCAGCAGUAGGCCCCAUUAGCUAAGUGGUGCUUCAGGUUAAGAACAGUUUCAGGUUAAGAACGGACCUCCAGAACGAAUUAAGUACUUAACCCGAGGUACCACUGUAUCAUUAGGCUGCCAAAAUUGGUUGCCCAUAAGAGUGUGGAAAGCGAGCAGCGCCACUGUGCUUCCUGACAAGGGUUGUACUGAGAACAGCUGCAAUUAUUAUUAUUAUUAUUAUUAUUAUUAUUAUGCAUUCAGGCCUUUCUUGAUGACAUCUCUCUCUGUCUCUCUCUGGCAUUCUGAUUUGUUUGUGAGGCAGUUAUAUAACACUGAUUGUGCAUUUGCCCUGAUCUGCUCCUGGGGAGUUGUCAUUCAUUCAUUCAUCCCACACUUUCCAGUACAUUUUCCCAUCAGUUUCCAAACUGUGAAAAAUCCUGUUUCUUUUUCGAUGGGGAUUUGUUGCACUAGGGUGGCAGAGCCCUUUAAUCCAAUUUAAUUGGAGAAGCCAGGUUUCGGAAUGCUCUUGGAUCCCUCUUGCAAAACAGCGACAAUUAGAAAAUGGAAAUAAAUGGGAUGAACUGGAUGUCAAUGUGUUUUGCAUCAUUACCGAAAAUAAGACUGGUUCCUUCAAAGGGAGCCACAACAACCUACCCCGCCAUUUGCAUCCGUGAGUCAUUUGCAAUUACUGUUCGCUUGUUAUUUAUCUAACAUGUUAAAUUUGUAUCUUAUCUUUCCCACCAAGUGAUGUUCAAUGUGGCUAACAGCAACAAUAUACAUACAAUGACACAGCAAUAAAUAUAACAAACACAAAUCAGGCAGAGCAUCACUAAAAAAAUCAAAAACAAAUUACAAGAUACUUACAAAUCAGUUUAUGGUCCAAAGCUGCUGGCAGAAAGUCAUCAGAGAUGGGGCUAGCUGGACCUCUCUUGGUAAGAGACCCUAGACAUUUAGAGCAACCACAGAGAAGGCUCCAUCUUGAGUUACCACCACAUGAGCAUCAGAUGUUUGUGGGGCAGACAAAAUGGCCUCUCCCAAGGAUCUACGGACAUCACUGUUAGUUUGACAGGAGCACUUGCUCCUGUUGUUUUUUAUUUCAGGGGUUUAUUACAGCACAGCAGCAGUCAUCUUUCUUCACCAAUCUUCCUCCUCAACAAUAACAAUUAUUUUCAUUUCACAGUAUUAUCACAUGUUGAUACCAACACAACUUGUAAUGGUUAAUCUCUUGCUCUGAAACAGAAUCAUGUUUCAGGGUGGUGCUUAGUACAUCUGUCUUUCAGAUUAACACCGGCCUUCCUGAAUCCCUGAGAAUUAACCAAAAGCUGCUAAAUUAAGUUCACCACAUUUCGUGCUCAAGUAAAAGAAAAUAUGCCUGAGCAUUUUCUCCUUUUUUUUAAGAGGACAGGAAAUUUUGGGGGCAAACAUAUAGAUACUAUUAUUAAGCUGUUCAUGAGGAAAGAAAAAGAAAGAUGAUAUUAUUCUAACCAUUUCUACUUUUAGCUUAUUUUGUUAAAGAAGAGGGAUACAAUAAUGACAAAAGCAGCCCUGUUCAGGCAACAUAGAUAUGCUGGUUACGCAUGGAGACAUGAGGGUAGUGUUGGGAUUGUAUCUGAAAGUACACCCUUCUAUAUAGGAGGAGAAGGCUAUUGAUAGCUACCAGGCAUGAGGGCUGGAGGCAGUAAUGAUUCUGAAUACCAAUUUGCCACAGGAGAGAAGAGUGCUCUUGUGUUCAAAUCCUGCUUGCUGGCUUUCCACAAGCAUCUGAUUGGCCACUGUGAGAGCAGAAUGCUAGACUAGAUGGGACAUUGGCAUGAUCCAUGUUCUUAUGUACAUUCAUGGUAAUCUCUGGCUGGAAUUUACACAUAUACAACAUAUUGUACUUCCAAUCUGUACCUUGUGUGUACUUUGAAUGUGUGAGUGCUAUGUUCAGAAGCUAUUAUGGAUAUGCACAGAAGAACAGGGCCAACAGAAACCAUUUUGACACCCCCCCCUUGCCAUGCUUAGUCAGCAUGAAUAUGUUUACUCAACAGGAUAAACAAGCUAAUUUCUAUAGCUGACACAGGGCCAUUUGCUGUGGAUCACUUUCGUUCUUGUCUUCUGGGAAGGUUUCCUUCCUUUUCUGGCUCUUCCCUCACCGUGUUCAUUUGUUUUGAUUUGAAUCAGAUGGCCUUCACUGAAGCUUAGUCACAUCAUUGUGUAAAUGCAGGCUGAUGAAAUGGCAGGCCCCCAAAGACAUUAAAAAAAGAAAAAAGAGCAACAAAAGUCAGCUCCUUCCAAGGCCAAUUUGCGAUCCAAAACCAAAUACUGUGAAAAUUCGUUGCAGAACCAUGUAUGUGCACGAGGAAAUAUCAGUCUAGUAUUUUGGCCAUAGAUAACUUUACAGGCUCCAGUUGCAAUAAAUAAGUAGUACUGCUGAUUUAUCUUCUCCCUGGACAAAGUAUUGUAUGUGUUCAAUCUUCUUCUGUAAACUAUUUUGUAUGUGUCAUUCAGCCCACAUCAUAAAUAAACCUUGUGAAUGAAAUUCACCAUUAAUUUGUGCCGUAUCUCUCAUCUGUAUAGAGCUGUCAAAUUAUUGCAGUUCUAUCCCUACCAUCUUAUCCACACCCUAGUGUCAGGAGCUCGUCCUACUCUCGAGUAGGACCCUGGCAGAGACACAUGCCCGACUGGCAUGUUCCCUCCCUCCUGGUUGAUGGUUCAGGAGCUCCAUAUGCUUUCUUCAGCCCGAACAUCACAGCGACCGAUGCCAACAGACAUUGGCACACUUAGGGAUCUGCAGAGUCUUUGCAGCUUGUGUAACAGACCUCAGCAACUCAGCAUUUUGGCUAAUCUACUUUAUUUACACAUAAACACACAUGGAGCACUGCAACAUGGCUCCCUCUCUCUCUAGCAUCAGAAAGCAAAGAGUGAAAGAACAAAGGACAAUAGUCCCACUUCAUGGAACACAGUAACACAAACAUCCUGUCUCCGUGACUUCCCACUCUGUGGAGUCAAAACAUACACCCAUCAUGUGAAAGACAACAAUCCUAUGACUGCAAUCACGGAGCAGGAAUUCUAACACCUAGUUCCUAAAAUCUUACACAAUAAAACAAAAAUAAACCUGGAAGAUUAUGCAUGUUCCUCUGGUCUAAAACAGGAUAUCGUUAUGAUUCUUUCCCUUCUUUCCCUGGGCUGUGAGAAGUUCCAGGAGCACAGCACUUACCCAGGUUUGGUUUUCUUUGGAAGGAGGCCACUAGUGGCUUCUGGAAAUUUUGUAAUGUUUGAGCUUAUUUAUAAAUAUGCAUGUGGAGCUCAAGUGAGGGCACAGCUUAAGCAAUCCAACAGACAACUAAAUCCAUUACCUCUCAUCAGAUCUUGAGCGAGGGACUGUCAGCAUGCACACACACAUACACACACCGCUUACAAUCAGUGCUAUUUUUCCAGAAAAAAGAGGUGCCAAAAUUCACUAUGAACACCUCCCUUGUUCUCUUAUAAUGGUGCCCACAUGAAGGGUGCCAGAACUGAGUUCCAGUGAGUUCCAGCUGAAAAAAGUCCUAUUUACAAUAUUUCAUAUUCUGUCAUCUCUCUCCCUUUCUCUGACUCCCACUUUAAAAGUGUUUCUAUUAUGCUUUGUUUGUGACUUGCUUGCCACCUCCCUCUGGCUGGAGGUAGUGCUGUCUUGAGCAACAGCUGCAAAGGAUUGCCUUUAAACAUGCAGUCUCCUCUUCUGGGUACCUCCAGACUAUCACUCUUUUGCAGGAGGGAUUAAAGCACAUACUUUAAAUUAAGGUUUGAACAAUUCAAAUUGAAGUGCUCUGUCACCCUAAUUGCAACACACCUACUUCGGAAAAAGAAUCAGUGCGGAAAAUGACAGGAGAAUCCACUGAAAAGUGUGGGAUAAACAUGACUAAUGGGAAAAUGAAGAAAAAACACUCACAAACAAAUCAGGAUGAAUGCUCAUUGCUGGAUAAUCUCCCCACAAACAAAUUAGAAUGGAUACUCAAUAAAGAUUGGCUACAACCUCCAGAUAAGCUUUGUGUAAGCAAAUCAGGAUGACUGCUCAAUAAGCCGAUUGUCGUAGGAGACCUCUUAACUGGUUUCUUUUUUCAAUAAUGUUACUGUGAAAUAUUAGUAACUAGAAUGCAGUAAACUAAAUACAGCUUGACUUCUUUUGUCUCCCCUGCCCAGAAUAUUGUUCUCCAAGCCUUUAGAAGAAGAGAAAGCAUCUCAAAUGAUAACAUGGACUUAAGUGGUAAAGUGUAAGUUCAUUUGUGACGAUCUUAAAGAAUUAAGAAAAAGGCAGCAAGUAUGGUUUAAAAGUGUCUCUUGUUCUUCAGCCAUGCAUACAUACGAAUUCAGAUGCACAUAUAUAACAUAAAAUGCAUUAGAUCAUGUAUGCACUUUAUACAUAGCCAUGUAAAUGCUCCUAAAAUAGUGAACUUGAGCCAUCACGAUGACAUUCACAUUUUUAAAAAUAUGACUUUGGAUGAAAUUCCAUUACACUUUUGUUAUAAAGCCCCAUCAUUGAAGUCACUCAUCUUUUAAUUAUCUUACUUCAGGGAAGCCAGUCAGGCUGAUGAUCCCUCAGUGGUCCCAAAGGAGCACUCACAAGCAAAACUGCACAAUAAUGAGAAAGAAGGAGCCUUUCAAAGGGAAUUGCCAUAUUGCACAGGAGAAAUCGACUUCAUGGCUUCUGGAAAGAAACGUGGAAAGGUAGCACAAAACCUCUCACUGGGGGGACAUGAAGGUCUUUUAAGAUGGGAAUUCUACUAUUUUUACUCUAAAAAUCUUAUUUCUUUCAUCCUUUGCAUAUCUUUGUAUUUUGUGCUAACAUUCAAGAUAUGGGAUCAACUCUGCGAAGAAGCUCUAAAAACACAUUUGAAACAAUUCACAUACCUAAAAACAAAAACAAAACAAAACAAAAACCAGUGAUCUCAGAUACAAUGAGCCUGUGAUUCACAAAACAUUUAAGUCAGGACAUUUACCUUUCAGCAGGUGUGCACCUUGAUCUUGAUCUUAUGCAUAGUUGCUUAGUAGUCACCCCUGCUACAACUGAUGGGUUUUUACUGCCUAAUGAAUCUACUCAGGGGACUGCCUUCUCCAUGGGUAGAGAGGGAGUUCUGCAGGCAUAGUCUAUGGGCAAAGCCCACCCAUCACAUGAUAACAGAAAGCUACUGGUGCUAUUCUGCUGGUGAAACACCAUAGGAAAUUGGUUCAAAAAUGGGGUAUGCUAAGGGCAGAUUAGGGGAGGCCUUGGAUGUCCCAACAUGCCACCCGCAAAGUAAAAAACUACUCCAGACCUGGAGCUGGCACAGUCAUCCACUCCCCUAAUUCAUGUCAAUGGGAGGGACACCAAAGGGAAAACACUUGGGGAGGGAUGGGAAAAGUUGCCCUCCACCUUCUGCUCUGGUAGGAGCAAGCAACAGGACACAGCUGUUCCUCCACUGAAGGAUCUCCCAGCCAUUUUCUGGGUCAUUUUCUGUUCUGCUUUUGGCAGUAAACUAUCUUGAGCUAGCCCAAAGCAUGCGAAAGACAGAGCGUCUCUUGACUUGACUUCUAGAGUUCCCUGUGGCGCUCACCUCUUUUCUGAAUGCCCCUUUCUUGGUUACAGUUUAUUAAGGUGCCAUGUGCCAUCCACCCUGGAGUUAUAUUUGACGUCAUGAUUAACAAGUGGAACCUUCCAGCUCCCAACCUGGUUGUCUCUUUAGUAGGAGAAGAAGAGAACUUUCAGAUGAAACCUUGGCUGCGUGACACCUUCAGAAAAGGACUCGUGAAGGCUGCGCAAAGCACUGGUCGGUUCCACACCUUGAAAUGGGAAAGUAGUUGUUUACAUCCCUGUCAAAUAUGAUUCCUACUUAAUAAGGGGGAAAUUUCCUAAAAGUUCUGCAUGUUAAAAGUGGCUCAGCUUUUUAUCAAAAGAGUUCUACCCCUGUUUAUUCAAUAUGAUAAAUCUUUCUGAAAACAAGGCCAUGUGAAUGAGACAAUAUCAGAUUAUCAACAUGGCAUGAUUCAAGCAUAAGCAGUAUCAUUUGUUUGAGUCACAGCUCCCCUUGUUUUUAAGCAUAUAUUUAAUCCAAUGUUUCACUCCUGAGCUAUAGAGAAAUAACCAUUGAAAGAGAGGGUACAUCCUGGUGUAAGGGAGGGGGGGUUGAACUGCAGGUUUACCUGGAAUAUACUUAUUUGUCAUCCCAGAUUUGUGAGCCUGGCAACAUGCAUGUCACCAACACAAGCCAUUCUUAACAGAUUGUUUAAGGUCAGUUUAGAGGGAAUGUAGGAUGGUGCUGGCAUCGGAGCAUUUGAGCUGAGAUUUGAACUUUGCCAAAAUUCAACCCUAGCUAGCAGGACCAUGAUGGGAAUUGUCAUCCAAAAACCUGAAUACCCAAGUUUGGGAAGCCCUUAACAUCUUACGCUUGUAAAAUUUUGUUUCAGGUGCAUGGAUCUUUACCAGUGCCUUGCGUGUUGGAAUAACAAAACAUAUAGGGCAAGCGGUUCGGGAUCACAUGCUGGCAAGUACUUCCUCCACAGUAAAAGUGGUUGCGAUAGGAAUAACUUCACUGGGGAAAAUUCGCCACAGAGAACUUCUGGAUAAUGCCAAGGUAUAUUUUCCGCCGAGGAAAACAGAGAAAGGAUGUAGAGGUUUUGCCUGAAAACAAUUGUAACCCUUGGGUCCCAUUGACCAGGUGGCAGAAUAGUGCUGUGCAGACUCCCUAAGUCACAAAUCAGUUCUCAGAGUUUGUUGGAUAGAUUUCCAUUUUACUCCCAUGCAUGCACAUAUAUUUAUAUAGUGCGCACACACAAACAUCAUGAGUUUUUGAGCGUUAAUAGUAAGACUUUACAGCUUUAUACCUGAACAGAGAAUGCAAACUCCUGUCCUUCCUAUACUGUACUAUCUGGUGAAUGUGCUUUGAAGCCUGCAUGAUCCACAACCCUGGUAAUGCACGUUCCUGAUCGCACAGGCAGGGGUGUUCCGAGGCAAAGGCGGGGGGCAGUCUGCCCCGGGUGCUAUUCCAAAGGGGGGGGGACACACAAAAUGCCGACCCCAAUUGGCGGCACCUCCCAGGUUCGCACCACUCGCUAUGCACCCCCUGGGACUCGCGCCACACACCCCGUAGGCGGCGCACCCCCCCAGGACACACGCCACUCCUCCUCCGAUGUGUACUGGAGCAGGCUGCUCCGCCUCUGCGCACAGGAGCUCCUAAACACAUGCAGCUGAACACAUGCAGAAGUGCCCGUUAGACCUCCUUCCUCAGACCAGACAACUCAGGGAACUGUGGUUUGUUUAAACUCUAGUGAGAACAAGGGAGGAGCUAACCGUGGUUCUGGUUUCUGCACAAGCUACAAUUUAAACAAGCCGCAGGUCUCUGUGUUCAGUUGUCAUAGGGAACUGUGGUUUGUUGAAAACUGUAGGAGAUGCUUCUAGUCUUUUACUCUGGCACUCAAUAGAGAAGAGGGGUGAGCAUGUGACCCUGAGGCAUGCUGCAGCUCAUCCACAUCGUGGGAAGCCAUGGUUUCCCACUAUGCUUGAACCAGACCAAUGUUUUCGUACAAAAAACAAUCUCUCCUUUUCCCUAGAAUGACAGCCUUAUAAGCUACAAAUCUGACCACAGUGCCCAAGGUCCUCUAUAUUUUCUUGACAACCACCACUCUCAUUUUAUCUUGGUGGAUGAAAAAGAUCCGAAUGAGCCGGAUGGGACUACAAGGCUACGUCUCACCUUCGAGAAACACAUUUCAGAACAGCGCACUGGCUACGGAGGUGGGCAGACGUGAAAAAGGAAAGAUGAGACCUAGAUUAUUUUAUUACUUGGGUUCCUUGCAAUUACAAGGACAUUUGUUUAAAUACAGAUGAUAGGAAUAUUAUGUAUAAUAGUCUACUACCGAUAUUAUAUAUAAAAUCUUGCCUUUUAUUAUCCCAGCAAAGAUUAAAUGGACCCCAUUUCCCAAUAAAUUAGUUGUCUUUUCAUUUGCCUUCCCUUACUCUUAUCAAAUUUGUCAGUCUGACCACAUAAGCCUGAGGAGAUUUCACCCCUCCCAUUGCCGUCUCCCAGGCUUUAGAUAAUCAAAAGUCAGUAGAGGGUGACAGAGGGCUUUUCUGUUUUUGACAAAUCACUAUUUUGGUUGCUUUUAACAAGUGAGCUGGCAGUUCAAAAUCCUCCUCUAGUAUAACACCCUUAAGAUAUCCAAACAAUAUCCAGCAAGGAGUCUGAAGAGCACAGAAGGCUAAUAGCAUUCAAUGCAAUUUCUGGUGGCUGAAUGUAGGAUAGGAUAACCUUACAAUGGAUAUCCCCAUACUAUGUCAUUAUCUUUUAACUAUGUAUAAAAAAUAUACCAUAGCCUGUUGUUGUCCUUGCCGGGGAGCAGCAGGGUUGAUAUGCUUGCAGAUGGGGGAAACAAAUGAACAGCUGAGAUAAUAGAACUGCAUAGAUUUUAUUAACUUAAAUAUUUAAUCCUCUAUUGAUCUAGGAACAGGCAGCAUUGAAAUCCCUGUGCUCUGCUUGCUUGUGAACGGAAGACCGAACAUACUCGAGGUAAAGAGCUAAUCAUCUUGUUUAAAUAAGAGAGGAAGCUAUUUAAGCAAAUAUUCAGGUGCCUUACACUUAGCCGAACAGUGUGCUAGACAUGAAAUGUAGACCAAGAAAAAUAAUGGCUCCAAGCCUGCUUUUUUUGCUGAUAAGUGACAGAAAAAGAUUCAAAAGUCACAGAGGGACCACACUUUUAUUGGGAGUAACUCAAAUGUUCCAAAAUAGUGAGCAAGCCUUUGAGUUCUCUUGAACUCAUCUGUAGGCUGGAUAGUUAAUAAAACAAGAGAGGAAGGAGAGAAGGAGUUGGACACGAUGUUGAAGUCCAAAAAGCUAAAGGCGGCUCAACAGGCUUAGGUAGAUUCACCUCUGUUUGGUGCAGACGAAGGCACCACCAGCACACAGCACAGGGAUUGCCCACACUUCUGCUUGUUCCAUGCCUAGAAAGCAUAGGUCCAAGAAGUUUUAUGUUUGCUCCAUCUCUUUCCCCAAGAAAACCCGCUCUUUAGUGCUGAAUCGGAGCAAAUGUCAAUCCACCGAAAACCCGACUGAUGUUUUCUCCAGUUCAGCGGUAAAGAUCGGGUUUCCCAGGUGAGAAGCAGCAGGGCAAGUGGAAGUCUGGACAAGGCUAUAGCUGAGUAUGAGCCAGAGUUCCUUGUAAGGUAUGUUUAUGUGGUUGCCAGCUAGUGACCAAAAGGCAAAAGGGUUUUUGAGAAAAAGCGGGAACAGAACAUGCUCGAGGCCCAUCUUCUUGGGAGUUGUUCAAAGAUGGAUGCCAGACUGGAAACUGUGCUACAGAAACCAAGAAAUAAAACCAGCUAUUGUUCAUCUUACAGUUCCAGCAUGCCCCCCUGCUCUUGACAGCUGUGGGAAGCCCUUUAAUUUGUUUUGAAUUUUGUUUUGGGCCCAACUCUGAAAGGAAUGUGGGGCCCUGGCAGCUGGACUUACCAGCUGGAUUCAGUUCAUGGCAUCUCCAAGAAAUGCUGAGAAAGACUCCUGCCCAGAGCCCCGGGGAGCUGCUGCCAAUCAUGGCAGACAGUACUCAGCUAGACAGACCAAUCAUCUGACUCGAUAUAAGAUGAGCUUCCUAUGUACUGUCACCAUUUACAUUCUCCCCCACAACGUGGCGCCAGUGAUACAGAAAGGGGAAAUUCAAAUGACACUGGCAAAAACAGUGUCAUGGGCCUGGCAUCCUUGUCAGUGGCAUUGCUGCUAUGCCAGUCGUUCAGAAAGAGCAACCUGGUGGCACUGCUGACCCUGGAGAACUGGGUCUGCAUUACUAGACUCAUCAGUGCUGACACCAUUUUCAUUUUCUCCCAGUGGAAUGCCCAUGACCCUGGAGUGUCAUUUCACAUGAAGGUAGUUCUUAGAAAAUGUUAUUCAACAAUGGCUAAAGACAACAUUUUUUUAUGAAUGCAAAACCACUUCAGCAUAUGUGCUUGUCCAGCUACUGAAAAAGAAAAAAAGCUUUUCGAUUGAAGAGUCCUGGGAUUUCACUAUUGAACAAUUCAUUAAAAUAAGAUCUAUCUCUUACAUUUUCUUUGAGAAAUGGGCCACAGUCUAGUCUAAGAAUUGUAACCUUACUGGGGUCACUAUCAGGCUAAUUCAACAAACCUUUUGCAAAGAUAGCAAUCUAGAUAACAAAAUGCAACAUAGGGGUUCAGUUAUUUCUGAGAAUGUCACUUUAGGCAGCAGUCCUAUACAUACAACUAACUGGGCUUGUUUGUGCAAAGUAACUUUGCAUAACAUUGCAUUUUCAUGUUAUUUGAACAUGUAUGGUCUCAUCAUUUUUAUUGUUUUUUUAACAGCGAAUUUGCAGGGGACUGGAAAAUUCUGCCCCCUGGCUCAUCUUGGCUGGAUCUGGUGGCAUAGCUGACAUCUUAGCUGCACUUAUGAAUGAGCCACACUUAAUUGUGCCACAGGUGGUAGAAAAACAGUUAAAAGAGAAAUUCCCCACAGAGGAUUUCUUGGGGACAGACAUUCUUCAGUGGACUGCGGUGGUAAAUUGACUUCUUGGUAUUUUGUAGUCAUCAAAUGCAUUUACAGACUAUGAGCAGUUUGCAGUAAAGACCUAUCCACUCUAUUGUCAACCAUCCUGGGCUAUACUUUGGUGCAUUUCUAAACUCCAGCCGUUCUUUCACCUCCUUAUUCUUAAAUGAGACCAACCCCCCACCCCCGUACUUCUCUUUCCCUUUUCAUUUUGUAAUACUAAGGAUUUUGUAUACAAGUGCUUGAUCAUAAAACUGUAGAGUUGGAAGGGACCUUGAGGGUGAUCUAAUCCAACUCCAUGCAAUGCAGCAGUCUCAACUACUGUAACCUAAACAUGACAGAUGGCCAUCCACACUCAACUUGAAAACCUUCAAGGAAGUCCAUCACCUUUCGUGGAAGUCUGUUUCACUAUCAAACAGCUCUUACAGUCAGAACAUUCUUCCUGUUGUUUAGUUGGAAUCAGGGCUGUCUUAAGCAUAUGCGGCGCCGGGGUGCAAAGAUCUUCCUGGCGCCCACUCCCAGGUUGCCCAGUCCCAGGCACGCAGGAGGGCGGAGCCAGCCGGCCGCCUCAGCAUCUCGCUGGCUCAGUCACCCCCCAACUCGCAGUGCAGAGCCGCCCACAGUAGAGAGCCCGCCACAGAACUCUGAACUACUGGCGAGCUCUUCCCUGGACUCAAUUCUCGGGCCCCAGACUCUCAGUCUGGCACACCUGAGAGCCCGGCGCCUGGGUGCCUUGUACCCUUAGCGCCUAUGGGUAAGAUGGCCCUGGUUGGAAUCUCCUUUCUUAUAACUAGAAUCCACUGGUUGAGGUCCCAGCCUCCAGAGCAGGAGGAAACAAGCUUGCUCCAUCUUCCAUGUGACAGCCCUUUAGAUAUUUGAAUAUGGCUAUUACAUCUCUUCUCAGUCUCCUCUCCCUCAACCAUUUAUAUAGAUUCUCCUUCUUUGUAGUGUCUGUGUGUGUGUGUGUGUGUGUGUGUGAGUGAGAGAGAGAGAGAGAGAGCGCAAGCACAAAACUGGCCCCCAAAGGUCUUUGCUUUGGUUCUGACUCUCUUAUCCCUUGGUAAGGAAUGAAAUGAUUUGUAACUAAGGCCUGAGUAUUCUGUAUAUUUUGGGAGAUAUCAAGUGUUAGUCAUAGAGCAGAUGCAUUGAAAGCAGAGGUUUUAAGUAAUUUACAUCCAUUGAUGUCAGUGAGCUAACUCUGAGAAUGAUUUUGUUGGAUUUCACCAUUUUUACUAUAAUGGAAGUGGGAAACACCAAACUGCUUUAUCUCUUUAGAUCCAAAGCAUUCUUGUCCAGCAGCAGCUUUUAACAGUGCAUAACUUUGAACAAGAAGGUUCAGAAGAACUGGAUACAGUCAUUUUGAAAGCACUGGUUAAAGGUAACAUGUUUUUAAUAUAUGUUGUCUAUUUAAAAAAAGAAGGCUCCCUAAUCCAGUACUACCUCAUUUAAUUUCUUUAUAAAUUUCUUUUCCUGUAGACACUCAAAAUGGUGGAAAAUAUUAAAAAAUAAUAAAACAAUAGUAAAGUCAUAAGACCACUGCAGACUAAAGGCUCACUGAAAUUGGAAAAUAUUUACUCUCUCCCUAAACUUUAAAAGGAGUCAUAUGAAAUAAGAAAGUCAAUGAAAAACAAUCGCACUCUGGUAGAAGCUUAUGAAUGACAGACUAUUGAUGGUUAACUUUUCGUAUUUACUUUGUUUAGUGCCAUUUCCCAAGUUAAGUUGGGUUAAUUGAAUUGUAAUGCUUUAAAUGUAGUGAAAACGUUUUUUUAAAACAAACAAACCAACCUUGAAACUUUCAGAAAAUAGGAUUCAAAGGAAAGCUUUUUUAUUUUAUUUUAUUAACUAUUGAGAGUUUGGGGUGCAGUCCUAGGCACACAUACUUCAGAGCAAACCCCACUGAACUUGUGAGACUUAUUUCUGAGUAAAUAUGCAUAGGACUGACCUGUUAAUCCAUUCUAAAGGCACAUGGUUAAUGUAUUCUUAUUUUAUGUUUAUGGGUAGCCUGUAAAAGUCAUAGUCAGGAAGCCCAAGAAUACCUGGAUGAGCUGAAGCUGGCUGUGGCCUGGAACAGAGUGGAUAUAGCCAAGAGUGAAAUAUUCAAUGGAGAUGUUGAGUGGAAGGUAGGGUUUGUUUUGUUUUUUUCAUGCUUGAGUUGCUUAUACUAAAGUUGGUAACUUUAGCAUCUGCUGGUGAAUGAAGUUUUUGAGUUAUGCCCAUGAGUAAUCUUCUUCACCAAUCCUGAAGAAGUAAUCUAAAAGUUGAACAGUUGAAAAGAGCCUAAGUUCAUAUCUGAUGCCAUUGCAUCCUCAAAGCACUCCACUGUCAGGAAUCCCAGGGCUGGUCUACAUCCUCGACCGGCAUUUCUGUGAUAAAAAUUCCCCAAAUGUUUAUUCCAGAAGAAGUGAAAAUGCAACUCAAUUAAGGAUAUGUAGGGCUCUCCUUUAAGUCUCUAAUUCAGACUCUGAUCAGACCUGUUUAAACUUUAGCAAGUCAUCAGACUAUGACCUGGACCUCUUUCAGUUUCAUCACAAUUUAUUUAUUUAUUUAUAAUAUAUGCUUGACUGCCCAAUCAUCAGAGUCCUCUAGGUAGUUCACACAAGAGUUCAACUGAAACAUUAUAAGAUUAAUUAAAGCAUUUAGAACAUUAAACCAAAUGUUCAAUGUCUUGCCUAAAAACUGGGACAAACUGAGAUAACAGGAUUGAAACCAAGCAGAAAUCAUUUGUUUCAAGGGCAAAGAAACAUAGUUUUAAAAUUUCCAGGAGAAUAGAACGGUCCUUGCUUAGUGCUGAAGAGGAUAUUUGUGUAGCCACCAGACGACGACGAAGAAGAGUUUGGAUUUGAUAUCCCACUUUAUCACUACCCGAAGGAGCCUCAAAGCCGCUAACAUUCUUCUUUCCGUUCCAACCCCACAACAAACACUCUGUGAGGUGAGUGGGGCUGAGAGACUUCAGAGAAGUGUGACUAGCCCAAGGUCACCCAGCAGCUGCAUGUGGAGGAGCGGAGACGCGAACCCAGUUCACCAGAUUACAAGUCCACCACUCUUAACCAUUACCCCACACUGGCUCUCCUUGACGAGUCUCCUUGAGCAAAGCACAUAGUGAGUGUCCCACCCAGUGCCGGAUUUAUGUAUAAGCUAAACAAGGUAUAGCUUAGGGCCCCACUCUCCUGGGGCCCCCCAAAAAAUGUAAAGGAAAAAACCCUGGAUGAACAUUUCCAAAAUAUAAGAUAAAAAACAAAUAAAAUAAAACCUACUUUCAGUAGCUUAGGGCCUCAUCAAACCUAAAUCUGGCCCUGGCCUUACCACUUAAUACCUGGGAUGUGGAUCAGGGUGUGGGCUCAAUGAAUGAGAGCUACUGCUCAUACCAUUGGUUCUACCAGAGAACACUGCCAGGGGAAUUUGCCAAAGGGAUGCAGACCAGUCCACACAGUGCAUGCAAUGUCUAGACCAGUACCUAAUUGAGCAGCGAAGGACAAAAUGCUCAUAUCCUAAGCAUAUUGAUUGUUUCUAUUCUUAGAGUGUAAUGGCUCUCUCAGGGUGCAAUGCAAGUCAGCUACUUAACCUGAUGAAUGAACAGUCAUAAGGUUUUGUUGUUUAGUCAUUUAGUUGUGUCCGUCUCUUCAUGACCCCAUGGACCAGAGCACAUAAGGCAUAAGGUAGUACAGUACAUUAUCUGCAUAUUGCUCCUUUGGUGCAAAAUUGUUGUACGGUAAACUGGUCCAGUCCAGAAGCUAUUUAACAGGGUUUGUAUGCUUGCUGUGGCAGAUUGAAAUGUGCCAGGAUGUAAAGUUCUCUUUACCUUGUUUUUGUCUGUCUGGUCCAAUGGACCUCCUUGCUCCGGUUUGCAUGUGGCAAGAAUGUCACAAUUCCUAACGCUAAUAACUACUCCAAUGGAAUUUCUUUUUCCUUUUGCAUUUCUUGUAAACUCAGUCAUGUGACCUAGAGGAAGUGAUGAUGGAUGCUCUGGUGAAUGACAAGCCUGAAUUUGUCAAGUUGUUCAUUGAUAACGGGGCCAACAUGUAUGACUUCCUGACCUACAGCCGUCUUCAGAGACUCUACUGUACCAUCUCGCCAAAGUGCCUCCUCUAUUCGCUUCUGCUUAAAAAACAUGAGGAAAGCAGACUCACCUUGGCAGGGAUGAGUGGUCAACAGCACAAGGAAGCAAUGGACAAUUGCCCUCUCUUCACUCUUCAUGAGGUUUCCAGGGUGCUGAAGGACUUCCUUCACGAUGCAUGCAGAGGUUUCUACCAAGACCCUAAAUCUGGAAGCAAGAAGAAAGCCGUAAGUUUCUCAAAAACAUAGGGAGUGUUGAACACAAGGCAUGGCCCUUUGGGACCCAGUAUAUAACCACUGGCAUUAUUUCCAAUUCCAUUAUUUUCAGGUCCAAGAAGUCACAGAUGAUAAGCUGCUGUGCUCACAAGUCAAAUCACUGUUGAAAUGGCCUGAAUGUGUCAUUGAAAUCCUUAAGGCAAUAUGCCUUUCACCUGUAAAAUGCGGGAGGCAUCAGAAACUUGGACAUUGUCCACUUUCACAAUUUUCUUCCUUCUAGGGCUGGGAAGGACAACCUAUGGCUCUCAAAAACGGUGGUUCACUUCAUCCCUGACCCCUGGCCAUGCUGUCCAGGGCUGAUGGGAGUUAAAGUCCACCUGGAAGGGCACAGGUUCCCGAUCCCUGGUCUAGAGUUUACAGUAUUCCCCACCAGAUAGCAACUCCAAUGUUAUUGUUUUUGCCUAGAUUGCGGUUGCCUGGCUGUAAUGGAUAACUAUUGGAUAUUUUUAUGUGAUGCUAUUAGUAAAUAUGAAAAUUCCACAUUACACACAUGUAUUGUUUGUUGAUUUCUAUGCAUUUCUCCUUUCCUAUGUUAGGGCAUAUACCGAAACUAUUUUUUAAUAAAAUGGUGUAGCAAACUGCAAACUACCUCUUCAAUGUAUUGAUAAAAUAUCACCCCGUGACUUCUGGACCAGGGCUUAGAGUAUUGUCCAAAGGACAAAAAUGCAAUCAGAAUGCUCCUGUUUGACUGUAUUGAAAGAUACAUCAUGGGGUAGUGAGGGUAUAAAAUCCAAAAUCAGGAAUCAGAUACUAAUGUGGUGCUUUCACUGGGAAAUGUAAGCAUCAAAAUGCUUACUUUUCUCUCUCUCUCAGCAUAAAGGAAGCAGUAAAGGGAUUGAACAGUUGAGCCUUGAUUUAUGUACGAGCUUCUGCAUGCUAGACCUUGAGAUGACUUGCUUGAAUUUUAAUGAGCCACCAUUAAUUAGUGUCUGCUGAAAAGUGUGCUCUUGUUGCCAAAACCAAAUAAAAAUCUGAUAUAACAGAAAGCUGGGUCAUAUGGCUAAUUGCAGCUUCUUUGGCCAAUGUCUUUCAGACAGGAUGUUCUCAUGCCUAUUCAUUUGUUUCCAGGACACAGUGCGCCUUUAAUUCAGUAGUGACAGUGAAUAAAUUAUCUCAGGGUACUGCCAAAAACAAAAAAACAAAAUCCAAGAGGCUUAUUUAAGGGAGCUGGGAGCUCUCUGGUUUUGCGUUCAGCACAGACAGAGGUGCCAUUUGGGGGCUUGCAACUGGUACAGAUAUAAGUGCUAUGCCGUGGUUUCAUCCGGACAAUUGGGGAACAUAAAAUUUGCCUGAAAACUCAGAGACGCAUUAUCUUUCUAAAAGGAUACAAAACAUAUUGAUAGAGGUUGCCUACAUGUUUCCAGAUGUUCCUUAAUUCGAAGAGCAUAAUUAAUUUUAAAGGAUAUGUCCCCUCUCCUACAUUACAGUGCAUGGAACAGGGGAUGCCGUUCCACUUAUUCGGACUAUGAUCUGGUACAUCACAAUAGAUGGCGGCCGUUCAGUGUGCUGUACAUCCUUCUAAGCAUGCUUUGAUGCCCUCUGUAGCUAAUUGCUGUGGCAUGGAGAAGAUCCUUGUGAAGGGUUUGCUCAAGAGCAGGAGGUCUCUCCUACUUUGGAAAAUUGUUUUGAUAUGGCUGGGAUCAUAACGCUUGCCUGCAAAUAGAAAGAUCCACUUAGGGAAGUUCCAGAUAAACAGCAUUAUAACAAGUUAUUUGCUCCUUUAGGAUAAGAUAAGUGCAAAAAGGGUACCGAGCCCUUUGGAUAUGAAUCAGAAAAGCGAAAAUCCUUGGAGAGAUUUAUUCUUAUGGGCAGUACUUCAAAACCGGCACAAGAUGGCGUACUACUUCUGGGCGAUGGUAAGCUUCAUAGUGCAGUGCUACAGAUUUCAAAUGCUUAUUUUAGCUACUUACCUGUAUUUUAUUGGAGGGGCAAAUAGAAGAUACUGGUGGGGAGAGGGAACUUAGAUACCUCCCCUUUAGCAAUCCAAAAUGGACUCUUUACUAUGGAGGCUAUCAUUAUUGCUUUGUUUAUUUCCUGCCUUUUAUGAUACAGUGGUACCUCGGGUUACAUUCGCUUCAGGUUACAUACGCUUCAGGUUACAGACUCCGCUAACCCAGAAAUAGUACCUCGGGUUGAGAACCUUGCUUCAAGAUGAGAACAGAAAUCAUGCUCCGGUGGCGCGGCAGCAGCAGGAGGCCCCAUUAGCUAAAGUGGCGCUUCAGGUUAAGAACAGUUUCAGGUUAAGUACGGACCUCCAGAACGAAUUAAGUACGUAACCAGAGGUACCACUGUACAUUUUUGUGAGCAGGCUGCAACAUCCAAAAGCAAUAAUAAAACAACAGCCAGCAGGAGCAAUUACAAAAUAUAGAUCAACAUUGGAGAGGGAAGUGGGGAAAUGCCCCAUAGUGCCACCCCAGCCUUCAUGCAAACCGCAGGACCACCAGUACCAGGUGUGGCCUGGCAAGCACCUUGCCUGCCUAAUGCCAUAGCCCACAAACUGCAAGACAGCAGAUGCAGACUGUUGCCUGGAGAGGCUCCUUCCUUGCUUCUGAUGUCUGAUCCUAUGGAGCUGCCUUACAAUAAACCAGACUUAAUUCCUUCCAGGGUGUCGGGCAAAGGCCUUUCAGCAAGCUCCUUUUAAACUGAGAUGCUAGGAAUUAAUGCCUGGACCUUCUCCGGGUAAAAGGUGUAAUUUGUUAUUAAGUCAUUGUAUCUGGGACCAGGCACAAUCCCUGGAUACCAGGUUGGAUGAAAGAAUCAGAAACCUGACUGGAAAGGGAGGGGUCAACCUGUGGUGGACCAAGCAGGAAACCUGACAUUUCUGCUUCCCCAUAACUAAGGCAUAAAGAAAUAAAUAUAUUGUUUCCUCUCAUAAAAGGGAAGCCCUGUGUGCAGCGUGUGCUAUAGCUUUCAGAUUAUUUACUCCUGAAAGGGGUUACUCACUGCAGACAUGCCUGCAUUACAUGAACCACAGGCAAAGAGAGCCUAAAUUUACUGAGGCAGAAGGAACAGAAACCCUCUGUUUCAUCACAUUGUCAAAAUGUUCAUUGAUGCUGAUUCUCUAUUUAUCCAAUUCUGGGAAACCGAAAGUCCAAGGGUGAUAUUCAACUCAGUGUGGGCAGAUAAACUUCUGCUUGUGCAAUGGGACUUUCCUCCCCUUUACUGCCCCCUCACUGGCCCCAGAUCUGUUCUGGAGGGUUGGGGGAACUGCCAGAACAGAUUAGGGGGAAGAAGAGAGGGGGAAGUUCAGUUGCGCAAGCGGAAGUCAUUCCGCUCACACAAAAAACUAUUUAGCACCAUGAAUACAACCUGUUUUUCGGGGGGGUGGGUCUCCACUGAACUGUUAUUUAUUAAAUUUGUUAGCCAUUUUAUCAUGCCCAGGGAAACCCAAAGCAACUUACAACCAACCAACUAUUCCUUCCCAUACCCCCCUUUCCAAAAUGGCACCCUAAAUACAUUGACAUUGAUGGCAGUAUUGAGAUAACCACAUUCUAACCAACUGAGCUAUACAGCCUGUACUUAGAAAGCAUGGGGCAAUAAUCCAGCCCACCAAGAAUCCAGAGAGCCCACCUUUGAGAGUCUAUUCUGAGAAGCAACCGUCUCUUUAAAAACAACCCACCCCCCCAGCAUUCUAAAUAACUGCCUUAAAGCAGUUCUCAGGCACGGCAAAAAACCAAACAGACACCCCACAUAGCACUAGAUGGGAGUAAUACAGUGCUAUGAAGAAUUCACCUUCACGAGUUUCUUUUGGGCAGGAAAGCAUUUAUUGUGAGAAGCCCCCAAUACAAAUUUGCUUUUCACAUCACUUAGAAGGAAAAUGUAGCUGAAUCAACUAAAUUGUUGGGGUGUUUCCCAUGUUAGACUUAAAUAAUCUUUAAGUGAUUUAAACCACUUCUAUAAACGCCUGAAAGUUGUCAAUCUCUCUCUCUCUGUGUGUGUGUGUGUGUGUGAGUGUGUGUGUUGGGGGGGUGCAUUUGCAAUUCUAAUGUAAAAUCUGAAUUGGCCAGAAGAAUGCACAUUUACACUAUGAGCAAAUUUAAGGCAGAAACAAAUACAACAAAGCCACUCCCCUCAAAAAAUGCUUUUUAAGCCUCACUUGUGAGCACAUUCCUUACUUGCAACCUUCCUCCUUCACCUGCUGUUUUUCUCAUUGUCUCUCAUGAACUCUUCUCCCAUUGACCUUUUCUGCAUUCUCAUAUUCAUUCAUAUCACACUGUUUACAAUGCAAAAAUCCCUUAUCCUGUUUGUUCCCAUGUUGAAAGGAUGUGCCUUGGCCCACAGCCUCCCUGGGACUUCAAGGCUAGCCAGAAAUUUAGGCCCAAUCUGCUAGACCAAAAUAGCACUAAUUGUUAAAAGUGUUCAUUUCAAGAGGAAAACAUUUUUGAGCUGCUUAUUAUGCUACCUUGGACAAGCUUUUUGCCUUUUCAGCAAGCACCUUUUUCAUUAUUUAAUGCAGUGGGAUCUAAUUAGGGGCAGGGGAGUUUAUGCGAUAAUAAGUGUCUGGGUUUUUAAGAUGCUAUGGGUUUUUUUGCUGCAACAGAUUAAAGGGAUUGCCCUUCCAGAAGUAUUCACAAUGUGGUUGUAAUAUCUUCUUCAUCAUCAUUUUAUUAUUUAUACUCUGGGUUUCCCUAGCCACUCUUGUAAUAGUGCUUACCGCUCAGUCAUUGGGAAAUAUGAAAUAAACAGGGCAGGUGGCAUCUCAAGGAGAUGCUAUUGUUUUUAAUCGUCUCUUAAGAUUCGGAUGUGAUUUUACAUGGUUUCCCCACCCCAGGGUCAGGAAGGUGUAGCUGCAGCCCUGGCAGCUUGCAAAAUCCUCCGAGAGAUGUCCCACCUGGAGAAAGAAGCUGAAGUAGUCCGUAAAAUGAAAGAGGCAAAAUAUGAGCAGCUUGCUGUGGGUAAGCGUAUACAGUGUCAACCAUUUAAAACUUGUCUGAGCCAACAGACCAAAUGUACUUUUACAAGUCCCGUAUUACCCUUGUUCCACACUUGCAAGGAAUCACUCGUUUAUUGUGGCAGCUUUAAAGGUUUAGUGCAGAUGAAGCCAGAAUGAUUCCACCCACUUUUAACUGUCCAAACUGCUUGAACCUCUGCAAAGUACCUAUAGUCUGGAGGUGACCUAACAGCAUCAAAUGGCAAUUUGAGUUUUGCCUUCCUGUAAUGGGUAUCUGAACGGGGGGGCGGGGACGGGGACUGCAAAGUAUCUCUGCAAUGGAGCAGGACAAAUGUCUUCUCUCAAAGUAAUUAAAACUCUGAGCAAGAUACAAAGGUGGCAUGCAUUGAUGAGAAUUGGCUGGAUCAUAGCUCUACCAGUCAAACAAACCACUCAACAUUAAUAUCAGGGCACAAGUUUUUGCCUUUCAUGGGCUAGUUGAUAGCCCCUUCUGGAUAGGGGUUGCAAAAUUACUGCUAGCCCUAGUAACACCUGGGAUUGAUUAUAGCGAUGGACUGUGCAUGGACUGUGGACUGUGCAUGGGGUUCUUCUCAAAAACUUCAGCUAGUGACAGACUACUGACAGACAGGCACCACUGGGAACAUCUCUUGCCACUUCUAAAAGAGCUUAAUUAUCGUAGUCUCAUUGCUGAGCAACAAUGGGCAGAGCUUAGUGGAUUGGGAGGCCAGCCAACCAGAAGAGUCUCAGAGGUGUACUUGCCUGGAGGCAGAGGCAGUGUCCAAAGUCCUAGGGUCAGGUGAACAGCAAUCCAUGUGGUCAGACGGUCCAGGGAUCAUGGAAUCCAAUGAUCAUUGGGGUCAAGGGUCAAGACAAGCAGGAAGCAGCAAGGUAGGGCCAGGACUACAAUCGUUACCAGCAACUGAGUGCUGCUGGAAGUUCUGCUUAAGAAGGCUGAAGCCAGCUGGCUCUCAUCAUUGCCUUCUCCUCUGAGUCCUUGAAGGCUGAUCAGUUGCAGGUGGAACCUCUCUGCCUUCUCCCCCUUCAAGCUGCUGUUCAGCAGGCAAAGCUGGCUCCUAGCCUAUGGCAUUAAUUGCUAUCUGUAAAUUUCCAGAUAUAAUCCAAAGUGCUGGUUGGCGCCAGGGUGUCUAAAGGACCAUCUCCUUCCAGCUGAACCUGUCUGGACUGUAAUAUUAUCCAAGGUGUUACUCCUCCAAGUGCCCCUGCCUGAGAUUAGACAGCUGGUGACUGGAGAUGAUGAGCUAUAUCAGUUGUCCCACUUGGGAUGGAAACUGCCUUAUACCAGAACAAACUAUUUGUGCAUCUAGUCCUCUGGCCCUCUAGAUGUUAUUCUUGGGCUCCAGAUCCCAUCAGCCCCAGCCAGCUUGGCCAGUGGUCAGGAAUGAUGGGAGCUGUAGUCCAACAACAUGUUCCUUCUGGAUAGCUCAGUCGGUAAGCAUGAGGCUUAAUUUCAAAGUUGUGAGUUCAAGCCCUACGUUGGGCAAAAAAAUUCCUGCAUUGCAGGGGAUUGGACUAGAUGAUCCUUGUGGUUCUUUCCAACUGUACAAUUCCAUGAUCUGAUAAUUCUAUGAACACCUACACAACCACAGGUUUCCCUUCCCUGAUACAGUCCAGAGCUAUUUACUCUCUUGCCAUGGCUCUCCGGGGUCUUUCCCAUCUUCUCCUAUGUGAUAUUUUUAAUGGGAUAUGCCAAGGGUUGAAUAUAUCAUCUGCAUGCCAGGCAUGGGCUCUAAUACUGAGUUUUGCCCCCCCCCCCCAUUACGUGCAUGCACCAUGUGUGUGCUACAGACAUUGGCUUACAUUUUAGACCUUUCCAGCUUUUUGAGUAGGAGUCAGGGUAGCUGCCCAUCUGUUCUCUCCCACCUCUGGCCUAGUCACUGCUGUUUCCUCUGCAUUCUUUCAGCCCCUCACAAAAAACGAAACCCCUCUCACAAGAUGUGCAUUAUUUCCUGCUAUUGUUCAGAGUGGAAUGUAGAUACUUUGAGAACUUCCUUCUUAAAAUAAAGCAAGAAACACAGAAGUGUGCAAAAGUGAAUUUUUUUGGGGGGAGGGGGGAGGCAUCCAAACAAAUUUCAGACUUCAAACAACUAGCCAGGUUUAAGAUGUUGUUGUACCUCCCAAUGUUAGUCACUGCAUUGAAUGCGGUACAAAAGAGCAGAGUCUUUAACAUUUAGGGUUUUGCUGUGAAUGCUUCUUCAGUUUAGCAUUCGGGAUUCACAUUCAUUGAAAUAAAAAUAUCAUCUCCAUCUCCCCACCCUGUUCCACCCAGCCUCCCACCCUGGGAGAUCCUCUCUCCCCUUGCCCCUCACGCAGGGCCCUUCAUUUUCCAUCCAUCACUUCCCUUUGUGUUAAUACAAGCUAGGAAACUUCAAAAAGCAAAGCAUAAACUCUUUCUCUUUCUCCCCCUCCACUCCAGGGAUUCCUUUAGUAUAGGUUCCCUGCCUUAUGGAAUCCUAUCUCAACUCCCUGAAGGCGACCACUGGAGGCUACUUGGCCCCCAGACUUUCUUGACCAACACCUACUACUUCUCUUCCUCCCCUUCUGCGUUAUAGCUUCCCACUCGCUUUCCCCUCUGUCACCAUCCUCCAUGCCCUUAUUUCCUUCCUCCCAGCCUCUUCCUUUUGCAGCCUCUCCACUCUUCCUUGUCCUCGAAGCUAUCCCCUCUAUCUGCUUUCUCUCACUCUCUCAGUCUGGGACUCUUCCAGGAAAUGCCGCCAGCUGCCUUUCUUUUCUUCAGCUGUGUGCAUUCCUCUGCUCUGACUGUGUUGCUGGGAGGAGGAUGCCUCCUUCACAUAGGCUAAUAACUGUAACCCCAGGGGAUCAGGGAUUGGUUACAGGUCUGAGGGUAUUAGCGGCGAGCCUGGCUCGUGUGGCAGUUAGGCAUUGGCGGGGGUAUUGUUAUGCAAAUGAGGUCGGGGGGGAGGAACGCCAUCACCUCCCUCACAUCUUGAAGGGUAGUUCGUUAAAGGACUCCGGGGGGCGUCACCUCGUCCGAAACCUACGGAGGCUAGGGCCUAAAGCGUGCCCCCGAGCGGUAACCCCUUGGGGAGCGCCUACGGAUGUGCAUCUCGGGGGGCUCCCCCUGUUGGUGCUUAACCCUUCCCGGUUAGACCGGAUAGUAUGUUAGGGCCAAUGCCUAAAGCCAAUACCACUCUUACCUGUAAUCAAUAAAGUUGUGGCCAUUUUCGCCCAUUAACCUUAAUUCUGGUGUCCGGCGUCUUUAUUUACUCCAUCUGUGGGAGGGGGCGGGAAUCGCCACGCAACCCAUGCUGUUUGGAUAUCAUGUUGUUUUUUGCGUUUCAUUUUUGCCAGUAAUUAAUAUGGAAACAGCCAAUCUUAGGGGGAGGGUCUGUGGAGGGUGGGGGUCACAAAGUAUCAAAACCAUCACGUUCCAAAUGCAUCUCUGCAGUUAAAGCGGAACUGAAAGUUGUAUAAACAAGACAAACGCAUAUAAGGAUUCUCUCGUUUUUUUCUGUAUAAACACCUCUAGUACUUAAAACACAUACAUAUGAAUAUGUCUAGCUUUCUCUAUGUAUCAUUCUCUUUUCUUGCACCUGCACCCCUAUUCCCCCCCAUCCCCUCACCCUUGGUAGAAUUGUUCAGCGAAUGCUACCACAAUAGUGAAGACCGAGCUUUUGCUUUGUUGGUGAGGAGGAACCGGUACUGGAGCAAAACAACUUGUCUCCACUUGGCUACAGAAGCAGAUACCAAGUCUUUCUUUGCUCACGAUGGGGUGCAGGUGAGUAAAAUCCAAGGGUGGUCCUCUUCGAAAGUUGUUACCAAUGCUGAUUCAAAGUUGGGAACAAGAGAGUGAGAUGAAUAUCCUCCUCUGAGUCAAUGAAACCAGAAGUUAAGCGUGGCCCAAGAAAAUUUUCUAAUUUAAGGGGGUCAUUGGAAUUCUGGUUUUUCUUCUGGUAUUAUGUUCAGUAAGGGGUGGGGAACCUGUAGCUCUUCAGAUGUUGUUGGACCCCUGGCCACUUGCCUUGCUGGCAGGGGUUGAUUGGAGUUUUAGUCCAACGAUAUCUGGGUAGUGGUAUUUACUUGUAUACUCAUUGUAUUGUGUCAACGCUGCAUCCUUUGUCCUAAAUUCCAGGCUUUUCUAACAAAGAUUUGGUGGGGAGAUAUGUCAACAUCCACCCCAAUCCUGAAGCUGAUCUGUGGAUUUGGGUGCCCUUUCCUGAUCUAUACAAAUUUGAUAUCAUUCAGGUAAGAACCAUAGGGACCUUCUGCAAGCAAGAGUGCAGAACAAAGCGCUGGUGCAAAAACUCGCGCCACAAAAUGCGCCUCGUAAUAUCGAAAACGCACGUUACUCACGCUGCCGUGAUAUCGGCCUGACAACAAAUAGUGGUGACAGAAAAAUUUCCUUCUUUAACCUGAAAGCAGAAUGAGAGGCAGAAGUUCAGCUAGUGAGGGUUCUCCCAGACAGGGCCUGAAUACUGCAAACAGGUUAUUCAGGUAUCACAAGCUGCUCACUGGCAGCAGUUUUAAAAAGAAGUAUUGGGUUUUCCACAGAAAGAGUAAACCCGGAUUAAAUUGGGAGCAGAAGUAGACUGGCAUAGUGGAGACACUGUGGAAAACACUGUAAGCACCCUUUAAAUCUCUUCCUUGAAUGCAGAUGUGAUCAUGUAGGAAGUUGCACCAGUUUAAUAUCUGCAUGUCAUGCUACUCUUUCAGUCUCUACCAUAGAGAAAAAAGGUGGCAACUGUUUUCAAAUCCCAUAUCUCAGAAGUAUGAUUAUUCUGCCCAAAUGGAACAAUGAUGGAUACUUUGUGCAGAUUCUUAGGCUAUCAGUGUCUGUUUUUCACUCUUAACAGCAUACUAGGUGCCAGACCAGACAUUAUCUCAAUUGCUUGUACAUUCUCAUCUAUCAAUGUCUAUCAGAUCCUGGCCUCAUCUCCUUCUCUUUUGUAAAUAUCUAGAUUCUAGAACCUAUUUCAGUCUGAUCCACAAACUCACUUAAACCAAAACGUAUGAAGGAAAGACACAUUUAUGACACUAGGCUGGAGUUUUAACUGGAUUAUGUGUAAGGUUUCCCAUGUCUCUGCCUCUGAGUGGAUUCAGUUUAGUUAGUAUCUAUUAACUAUAUCAGAAGUAUUUAAAUGAAACUAAGGGGACAGGCUUUCCAGUAGGAUAAUUUUGUGUCUUACUGGAAAGCCAACCUUCCUAAAUAUUACAGCAUUCAAAUCAGAAAUUCAUACAAAGUAGUCAACUGUCACUUCUAAAUGUUAGAGAAAUACAUUGCAUUUUAUUCAUUUCUCCCAGGGAUGAGGAAAGUGUAGCCCUCCAGAUGUUGAUGGAUCAUGACUCGGAUUAGUGCCAGGCAACAUGGCCAAUGGGCAGGGAUGAUGGGAGUUGUAGUCCAACAACAUAUGGAGAGCCACAGAAUCCCUGCCCCUUUUUAGCACUUUAAAUUCCAUCUUACGGGGUGGAGGAGAAUCAUCUCUAUGAUAAGUGAGAGCCAGAAAAUCACAGAAAUCCUUCUUUGAGUUUAUGUGGAGGGGAACCAAAGGAACACCUAGAGAGAGAUCCUAAUAUAGCCUCUGUAGUGAUCUUCAGUUGAACAUGUGGAGAUCAGGAGCAGGUAUGGUGCGCAUGACCCUGCUCUCCCCCGCCCCCUCCCCAAUGACCAAAGGACAAUUGCAAGUGGUUUAUGCUACCUUACCUUGAUGUAUCAAGCUUAGCUCAGCACUGAAAGUCUCCCCUCACCUCAGGAGUGAAAAACUGCUUUCCAAUAUCUUUCAGUAAAUCAAUUCCUUUGCAGUGAGGAAACACAAUCAGCCCUGGAGCCAGAAUCAUGUAAAGACCUUGACAGCCCGGAUUCUGAAAGGACAUUGCUUUUCCCCAAGGAAGUAGAUAGGUAAGAUUGCAAUGUAAUGUUAUUUGGAAGCUUCAAAACAGAGUAACGAAAGAGAACAUUUCUUGGAGAUUAAACUGAGGUACACAGAGGUGGGUAGGCAAAACCACAAGUUAAGGCUGUGCACAUCUUACCUUUGAUUCCUGCUGCUAGUGUCUGAAGCCAUGUACACAAGACAUGUAUCCUGUACCGAUUGUAGCCACAAGCCUUUCCAUCUGAUUUGAAAAUGUAAGCCGCUGUUAAGCUGAGGUGUGUACAUUUGAGACAUCCAUGUUAAGAUGAAAGCUUAAUUGAAUAGGAGUUGAAGCGGGGCGAUGGGUCUGGUAUGAGGAAACAAAUCUGGUAAUGUGCAUCAAGUGAAGAAAUCCUUGUCUCCUUUCUGGUGUGUACAGAGAACAUGACUUUAAAAAUGGGUGGGGGGGCGAGAGCAGACAGGGAUGGGAUGACCAUGCACAGUACUUGGCCCUAUAAGAACAUUAUAAUAUCUUGAACAUUAUAAGGAUAUUUAUCAAUACUCUAGUAGCAGCUGUGCACUUGCAGCCCUCAACCAAGAUUGAGAAAUUGCCUUGAGGAUCUUAAAAUUAAAAAAUCCAUCCUAGCUGGGCUAACUUUAAGAUCUGGUGCCUCAGAUUGCAAGCCUGUAAGCCUGAAUACAGAGUCUCCUUUUUUACUGAACUACAAACCACGCUACAGAUAUCAUCAUCAGCUGGAGCAGGGUUAAAAAUGCUAGAGAUAAAGAACAGUUAUGCUCUGCAGUAUGAUAACUGAUGGGCAGUUUAGUGCAGAUCAUAGAAAACCACUUUCCACAGAUAUGCAAAAUCAACUUGUAAUCAUUUAGUUGACAGAUUAUUCCCACGCAAGUGGAGCCAUUGUGUAGUGUACUUGAUAGAUGGAUCACAUGAAAUAAUAUAAAGUUGUUUCUGUUUGAGUCUCUCGGGGGGGGGGGGGAUAGUUUAGUCUAUCACUGGAGUCAAUGGGAGAUGCAGAGUUAAUUUCAACAAAGCCAGGAUUUCAUUAACUUGUCUUUCCAAAGUUGUAUUGAAUAUUAUUCUUGCUUUGAUGAGACAGAGAAUAAAUAAACAUUACAUAUUAAUUUCCUCUAUUGGAGUUUGGAGCUGUAGAAGUUUAAAUAACAAAAUACAAUAGCAGCAUGUUGUCUCAAUAGCUACACUCUAGUAACUAAGGGUGGUAGUCAGCUAAGUUUUACUGAAAGUAGGCCCACUGAAAUUAAUGGCCCUUAGGCAUGCUCAUUAAUUUCAAAGGGUCUACUCUAAGUAAAACUCAGUUGACUACCACCCUUAAUGUUUAUUGAACAGUCUGGGGAAAGAGAAUUUUCAGGAUCUCCUUGGACAGGAAACUGGAAACUGAUGACAAUCACAGUUCAAUUGUAUACAUAUCUAUUCAGAAGUAAGUUCAAUUGAAUUCUAUGGGGCUUACUCCCAGGCAGUUGAGCAUAGGACUGCUGCCUUAGCCUGUGAAUCUGACAAUCAAGCUAUAAAAUUGCUUUACAGACCACUGCUCAGAAAUGCAAACAAAACAGUAUUUUCUUUCUCUUUUUUUCAGGGGAGACGCCCAGUUAGAAACCCAAAUUGCUUCUGAAAAUAUAGCAUGUGCAACAUUUGUGUUUACACGAUGGAAAAAAUUCUGGACUGCUCCUGUCACAGUAUUUAUGGGGAAUGUUAUCAUGUACUUUGCCUUCCUCCUUCUGUUUGCCUAUGUCCUCUUAGUGGAUUUUAAACCACCCCCACCAAAGGGCCCAUCCAUCCAGGAGAUUGUACUUUACUUUUGGGUUUUUACAUUGGUCUUGGAAGAAAUCCGACAGGUGGGUAACCUACAUUAUGGCUCUCAGCUACCCAGCUAGAUCUUACAGGUUGAGGCUGGGAAUUCACAUGUGCAAUAGACACAUUUGUGCACGACCAAAAUCUUCUUCCUCCUUUACUGGCCACGUUCUAUCAGUCAAAUUGUUUCCCUCUACCAUUUGCUCAAGCAAGCAGCUUGUGCUACAGCUAAGUCCCCACCAGCCAUCGGUGCCCAUUAAAGAUGUAUUGUUAGCUAUUAAGAUCUAUAGAGCCAUGAAGUAAAGGUAAUUUCACUCAACACAACAUUCUUGUUGACAUUUCUAAUUCAAAUUACUUUUGGAAUGCUAAGUUAAUGAUGGGACAUGGAAGUGUGUAACAUUAUACUAAAUGAUAAAUGCUGUUAACUUACAGAGCUUUUUCACUGAUGAAGAUAUGAAUUUAAUGAAAAAAAUCAAGUUGUACGUAGAAGAUAAUUGGAACAAGUGUGAUAUGGUGGCCAUCUUUUUCUUCAUUGUUGGAGUUACCUGCAGGUUUGUGGUUUUGAGAGCUUCAUGUGUGUGGUACCAUGUAUGUAUGAUAUACAGUGUUCCAUAAGCAAAGUUAAUGAAAUAGAUCUAAGGGAGUCGACUCAUAUUUUCUCUUUUAACCCCAGAAUGUUUAAUUCAACCUUUCAAGAUGGCCGCACAGUACUUGCUAUUGAUUUUAUGGUGUUUACUCUCAGACUGAUUCAUAUUUUUGCCAUCCAUAAGCAACUGGGCCCAAAGAUCAUCAUUGUGGAGAGAAUGGUAAGUACAAGAUUUCACAUGGACAUGAAAAUCAAUGAUGUACAGUAUUUCCUAAACCAAAGGAACAAACACAGGCCUUCUGGGUAGCACUAUUUUCAUCGGAGAAAUGUUGGAGGGUAUAGUGAAGUCUGCAUGUAGGGCAUGUAGUCUUUACCUGAGUGGAAUGUAAGUGGUCAAGCAACCAUGAGUGUGUGCAUGGACUUGUGAUUACACAGUGAAACGUGAAAGGCACUCUGCCCAUUCUCAAAGACACACUGAAAUCCUGCUGGGGGAGGUUCCCCAUGCCUGUAAUAGUAAUAAAGUACUCUAAUGACAUGGACUGAAUUAAACAGCAAGAAAGAAACCUUUCUCAACUGCUUGGGAGCAGUUUGGUAUGACUUCCUACCAUUUAAUUGACAGUUCACUGUAUCAUUAUGGCACACAUGUAGCACAAACUUGCCCUCCCUCCAGGCCUGGGCCUUGGUUCCAUAGAGAAAUGAGAAGUCCUGUCAAGAAGUCAAUCUCAGUCCCUUAAUUAUCUCCUUUGUACAUUCCUAAUCUAUGUCUUGGUUUCAGACUAUGUAUUCCUUUUACAGAUGAAGGAUGUUUUCUUCUUCCUUUUUUUCCUGAGUGUAUGGCUCAUUGCCUAUGGCGUGACCACACAAGCCUUGCUCCAUCCUGAUGACAGCCGAGCGGAAUGGAUCUUCAGAAGGGUGCUCUACCGCCCCUAUCUUCACAUAUUUGGACAGAUUCCGCUGGAUGAAAUAGAUUGUAAGGUUAAGGAAUUAAAAGACCUAUUGUUGCUGUUGUUUUAGACUUGGAUGACAAGAGAAAGCAACCAUGGCAUCGUCUCUACAAUUAGCAUGGCCCCCAAGCACUGCUGUACUCUUGUUCCACAAAUGUUCCCGAGAUCACCAUCUGAGGCCCUUCUUUGUGUGCUCCCCUCCACAAUAAAUCUGGAGGGUGGCAACACAAGAAUGGGCCUUUUCUGUGCUGGCUCCUCAUUUGUGGAAUGCUCUCCCCAGGAAGGCUCACCUAGUGCCAUCAUUAUGUAUCUUUAGGUACCGGGCAAAAACUUUUCUCUAUAACCAGACCUUUGGCCUUUACCUACCUGUGGCCUUUUAGUAGUGGGUGGGAUGUUUUUAAUAUAUUUCUUUUCUUCCUUGGUUUUAAUGUGGGUUUUUGUUUGUUUGUUUGCUUGUAAGAUGCUUUGGGUUCCCAUGGGCAAGAUUUAAUAAAUAUUAAUGAUAAUAGUGUUCCCACUAAAGCUGAGCAGUACUGUAGAUUUGCCUUUAUGAGUGCACAUCGGCGGGUGGAAAUGUUUACCUCUAGUCGGAAAAGUUCCGCCUUCUGAUUUCUGCACAUUACACUGAUGUUCAAGGCCAAGGAGGCCAGGCUAUUUUAAACAAAUUUUGUUCUCAAACCUAAUGCUGCCACAUGUCGUGAACUCCCCUCUCCUUUUGCUUUAAACUGUUUUAAUAUUGUAUUUUAAUGUUGUAACCCACCCUGGGACUUUAGGGUGAAGGACGAAUAAUUAAUAAUAGUAAAAAUAAUAAAGAGAUUUGCAUUAUAUAGAUAUGUCAUUUCUGACACUGAAUAUGUGUGCGUGUGUCAACUAUAUUUGUAAUGCUUGUUCUGCUAAUUGUUAAGGUAAUCCAUUAUUCUAAUUAUGCAACAAUGCAAAAUCAAGCACACCUCAUGGUACUGAAGCUGUGAAAUUGCAAAAAACAAAAACAAAAAACAUUCUGCUUAUCUGAACAGCAGAAAGAAGGAGAACAGCCUCAGCAAUUAACAGGUCUAACAAUCAGUAGCUUCCCAAAGUGACAAUUGCUUUGUUUUCAAUCCACUACAGCAUCUCGCAUGAACUUUGAAAACUGCACACCGAGCCCAAUGGCAAACCUGACAGAUAAUGCAUCGUCGUGCCCAAAUGCCUAUGCCAACUGGCUUGUCAUAGUCCUCUUAGUCAUUUUCCUGCUGGUUACAAAUGUACUGCUUAUGAAUCUCUUGAUUGCCAUGUUCAGGCAAGUAUUUUUUCCCCUGCCUGUUAUAAAACGAGGGAAGCGCAUAUAACAAUCGCUGGUUAAAUGUACGAACAAUAACAGCAUAGACAUGGACAGUCAUUGAUGACUGUCUUCAUUUUGCACAUAACGAGUGCAAUCCAGAAAAACACCAGAGCCCCAUUGUCAUAUUAAAUGAUGUGCUUAAUUGCCAUUGAUUUCAUUGGAACUUAGAGGCGCCCAACUUUCUCAGCAGGAGAGUUGUUAAUACAGUCAGUGUGAUUCACAAGCCAUUUAAAAUGGGUUUCAGCUGAUUUACUUCAGAAUGGGCUGGAAAAUGUAAUUGCUUUUUCCAACUAUAGCCAGAACAUGACAAAGAAAGCAAUAUCUUCAUUUCUACUGCAGAAUUCAAUUAAAUAUACACAAAUUAUUUAGAACAGGUGGGAGAGGGGAAGCUUUCUCUUCGCUACGUGCAUAUAAAGGGUCUAAUACAUCAGGGCCCAGUAUGGAUAAACAUCAACACUAUUACUCUGUAAAGAUUUUAAUACAUCUGAAGACAAUGGGUUCAGGCAACCUAUGGGUAGAACACCUAUGGAACUUUCCUGAAGGGGACUUUCCUGCUGAAGGAGGACAUUUUCACCAAUUCCACAUUACUUCUAUGGUCCAUCAUUUCCCCUCCCUGAAAACCUGCUCUGGCAGGUGGCUCUGAGGGCUGGAGUGGGGAAACCCAGCAGGGCAGCCCCACAGCUUCUUGGCCCCUCCCACAAAGGGAAGAAAACCUUCCAUAUAUGAAAAGGCAAGUCUGGAUCCAAUCCAAACCUUAAAUAUUUUAAAUUGGCACAUUUUAUAAUCUUAAUAAGACUGCACACAUUUUGUACCUCCCCAUGUGUGUACAUGGUGGAAUAAAAGUCAAAGUCUUGCCUAUUGUAAAGUUGAGUGACAGCCAACCAAAAACAAAAGCAUUAAAUACAGGCUAAAGUAAUCUACAGGUGCUUUAAAUGAGUUGUUUCCAACUGUAAAUGUAGGUACGCAACACAUUUGGAAAGACGCUAUUUUAAUAGCCCCUAAAUAAUGGUUGUGGAAUUAUUAUUAUUUUUAAGAGCUGGUUCAUGCAGCAUUGGGAGAUAGUUCUUUGUUGCUUCAGACUCCUCCUUAUAUCCCUGCCCAGUUACUGGGAUCUUUGGAAGAGUCUCUGUUAAUGUUCCAUCAUGGCUCAGAUGGACUGCUUAUAUACACCAGAAGCUGUGCAUUCUGUAUUUGGGAAGCAAUUCUGUGGAACCCCUUCCUGGCUGAGAUUAGACCAGGCACCUCCUUGCUGAGCUUCAUAUUCUUGCCAAAAACCUUUCUAUUCCAGCAUCAGCAGGGUAUCAUGGGGAAAGUUUUCUGUCUUGGACUAAUUUUGCUUGAUUUUAUCCUACCAUAUAUUUUUGUCACCUUCAUGUGCAUCGUUAGAAACUUUGGUGAUUAAGCGGUAUGUAGAUGGCUUAAAGAAAUAAACAUGAGAUUUUAUUGAUGUGAUUCUCACCCCUCCCUGUUCAAGUUACACUUUUCAGGUUGUUCAGGGAAAUGCAGACAUCUUCUGGAAAUUUCAGCGUUACAACUUGAUUGUGGAAUACCACGGCCGGCCUGCGUUUGCCCCUCCCUUCAUCAUUAUUGACCACAUUAAGCUGUUUCUUAGACGGAUCUUUAAAAAGACAGAGCACAAAAAAGAGCAUCUGGGUAAGCUGUAGAGAGGUAAUGGUAAGAUGUUCAGCACAAUCUGAGGGUCCACACAUACAGGAUGAUUCUCAAACGAGUAUGUGCACUGCCUCCAUUAAAAAACAUUACCUUUUAAGCAAUGUGAACUGAUACAAUAGUUCUGCUCACUUCGGACUAAAGCUGCUUUCAAAAAAAUCAAUUUUGUGCAAUAGCAAUGAAAUGUUCUUUCUAAAUAAUUAAUGACGAGUUACUAAUAUUUUUUAAAGGAUACAGAUUACUGAAGAAGAUAGCACUCAGCGUUAGAAACUACAGCUCUGUCUUUAAUAAUUUAAUUUUUUUUUAGCAUUCCAGAAGUUUGCUUUUGAGUAUUAAAGAAAGGGGGAAUGGGCAUGCUUUUAUUUGCAGUGGUCUCAUGGAUCCAUUCUAAUACUGUAGAUGAUUGGAGCUAUUACUUCUCACAGCUCCAGUUAUAUCAAGUGUGCAUGUGCAGGAGCUCUAGGAGUGAACACAAACCUUUAUGACAUAUUCAAGAUUUUCUAGCUCAUCGCCUUGAACUAAGUAUAAAUGAACAGCAAUAAUUUUUUUACAUGGAAAAUCUGAUUCACUAGGCUCUGAUCUUCCUUUCUUCUAUCCCACAGGUUGGCAUUCCCCAACCCUCAUACUUAAUCACAUUGUGAUGUUUUGUUUCUUUUACUAUAGAAAGAGAUCUGCCAGGAGGUCUGGAUCAAAAAAUCAUAAUGUGGGAGAUGCUACAAAAAGAAAACUACCUGGCAAAUCUGGAAACAAAGAAGAAAGAAAGCAGUGAAGAAAGGCUAAAGAAAAUGUCAGACAAGUGCGUAUCUACGGAUGGAGACUUCCAAAUCUCUGUUUUGAUGCUAACUGAGGGCCAAACCAGACUUUUGUGUCUGUGUUUAUUAAACAUGUGAACACUGAUUUGGUUAUAAAGCUGGAUGGGUGGAGUUUAUUUUCUAUCAAUGCAUGGAAAGAGGAACUUAGGGAAGGGAGAGAAAAAAUGAUUCAGUUCAGGUUAAAGGCAAAACUAUCUAAUACUCAUUUUCCACAACAAUGCAUGAACUGAAACAGAAUCACGCUUCAACACUGGCAUUUCUCCAAAUUUUGCAAUGAAAUUCUCCAGCCAAGUAAUGUGUAGAAAGAUGCACAUACUAGGGCAAAGUGCCUAAAAUGCAGAUAUUCUUGAAAAUGAACAUACAAAAAAGCAUUAUAUUAGGGGAAGUUGCAUUGCAGAAAAAAGUGUAUAUUAAGAGAAAUCUGCAUUAAAAUGCUGAUUAAGUUUUACAAGGGCUUAAAUUUAGAACUGAAUGAUGAGAAACUGAGAGAACCCAAAAUUGACAAAUUCAUCCAUCUCUAGAGGAAGUGAAAGCCACUCACUCGUCUCCCUGAGCUACACUGUCUGAAAAUGUUCUCCCGAGAUUGACUCCAGCCCUAGAAGUCCACCCCACUCCAUUUAAAUUAAGAACAAACAAACAAAACCAUUCCUGCUUUAUAAACCAGUCCAUGCAUAGUCAUCAUGUGAGUGCCUAGUUUGGUUCUGAGACAGAAGAUAAGCAGUUCCUUCCCUAUGUUAAGUGGGUAACCAAAGCAUUCCAAAUUACUGAGGGCACAAUUACUUAGAAAACAGAUUUUGCAUGGGAACUAGAGGAACACAGCAUGCAUUCAAGCCAUUUGCUGUCCAAAUCUCAUGACCCUUCUGUAAAGCAGAGAAGAUGUAUUCUGCCACAGAAGCACUGAUGGGAGCAGAUGAAAGCCCAUGGAGGAGUUGCAACUUAGCAAGGGUUGCAUGGAAAUUUCAACUGUAUGAACUCCUGUAUACGUGUGGGACCUACACCAAUGACCACAAUUUGCACACUUGCUCAAAAAAUGGGGAGCAAGAAUUGCAGGUAGAAAAACAGAGUCAGUAUAGGCAGGUGUGAGCCAGUUCGGGGCCAGGGGGAGGGAAGGUAGAUUCAAUCCCACUGCCCUUUCUAUUUGCACAAUUUAACUGUUACAUUAAAGAAGGACUUUACUCUCAACUUACUUUCACUGGACUGAAUCCUUUGCAACAGACCCAAUGGCCACUGUCCCAGUCAUGUUCUGGAGUCUAAUCCAUGUUGAAUCCAAUAAAAUGUCUAGCUAAACUCCUCUAGUGCCUACCUCUUUGCUCACCAUUUUGAUUUUCAUCCCCCCUCAAAACAGGGUGAACAAUCUUUCAAAGUACUUUAAUGGUCUGAAAGACCAAGAGAAACGGCUUAGAUCUUUGGAAUCACAAGUAAGAAUGCUUUUUCUUGUAUUUCAGCUAUGCUUUUGUUCAUGCAGGGUAUAGCUAUAGAUUUUUUUUUAGCAUGGAUUUAAUUGCACAAUUCUUUCCAAUAUCUGCUUACAAAGCAUUGUAUAGACAGGAUAAUAUGUCUCAGCUUAUUUGGACAAAAUAGAAUUGAUGCGUUGAUUAACUAAUAUCUGGUCAAGAAAUUCCUCAUAUAUGCUAAUAUGAAUUUGUUAACCUAUCUUUAAAUGACAUAAAUUAUAAUGACUACAUUUAAUGAUAUUGACAGAUAAUGCAGAGAUCAGGCAACCUGCCAUUCACACUGGUAUUUUUGUCCAUCAGACAGUCAAGAGUUCUUCAUUUUCCCACUUUAAUGAGGAAACUUUCCAGUCCAGUUUUAUCUUUGCCUUCAUUUUCAAUCUAUGGUCUAAAGUUUGGACUCUGAACCUUAGCAAGGAUUUCCCUUGCCCUUCACAUCCCUACUAAACUAGAAGUGCAGAUACAGCAAGUUGCCUUCAAUAUUAUUCAUUCAAAUGGCACCUAAGACCAAGGUCCAUAAGUCAUUGGCUGAAUGUAGAUUAGAGACAAGGUCCUCACCAGCAGCAACAGAGCUAAAAAUGCAACUGUGAAGCUAUGCUUUAGCUGAUUAAUUUGUGCUUUAAAAAUGUAUUCAAAUCACAAGCAAAUCUGCCAGAUCUCUUUAGGAUUGCAACGCCAGUGUGUCAUUUUGAAUGGUAAUGGAAGAUGUGGUGAUACCAAAACAAUUUCUUUUGCAGAUCUCCUACUGCACAGUUACCCUUUCCUCAAUGGCAGACACCUUAAGCAACAACAGCUUCUUUUUGAACAGACAACCUAUGAACUACACACGUGAGUAAGGUGCAGAGAAUGAUUCUGAAAGUAAAUAAACAAGAGUAAAACAUUUUUUAAAGAGAAAAAUCAGCAGUAAAAGGCUAAGUAGAAAACAACAACAACAACAAUUUAUUAUUUAUACCCCGCCCACCUGGCUGGGUUUCCUUAGCCACUCUGGGUGGCUUCCAACAGAAUAUUAAAAUACAAUAAUCUAUUAAACAUUAAAAGCUUCCCUAAAAAGCCCACACAGUUUAUCAAAAAGUGUUUGUUGUUAAAAAUUACAGAGAUUACUUAAGGUACUUUUUCUUCCACUGAACUCAAGGUGGUGAACAUGGGGUUCCUUGGCAGUCUCCUGCCCAGGCACUAACCAAACCCAGACUUUCAGCAAGGUUGCUGCAUCAUGCGCUUUCCAAGUUCCAGACCUGGGAUGUGUGUGUGUGUGUGUGUGUGAGAGAGAGAGAGAGAGAGAGAGAGGGAGUGAUUCAUGCUUGAACCUGUCAUGAUGCUUAAUAUUUCCACUGGAACUUUACACCCUGGAAUCAGUUUGAGCAGUACAGAUCAAAAUGGUCAGUUGUGAAGAUAAGCACUCAAAGCAUACAGUCUGCUUUUCGGCUCCCUCAGCUUUGUGGACCCCAUUAAGUUGACAGCUGCUCUCCACAUGCAUUGAGGGAUGCAAGCAUACACUGGUUCCAAAGCUAACAGGGAAGCCCUUGCUUAUGCAUUAGGUCAUUGUAUCUAACUGUUUGCCCUUGGAUAGAAAAAUGUCUGUUCUGUCUCUUCAUGAGAUUAAUGUGCAUCUUUGUGAGAUUAAUGGAUUUCUAUUUCAUCUGGCUAAAUCCAGUGCCUUCCAUAGUGACAAAUUCCAGAGGGGAAGCCAUGUUAGGCUGCUGAAAAGAAAAUACUUUGUUGGUCUUAUCAUUACUUGGCACACCAGACACUACAGAGGAAAAAUAAUUCUAGACAGUGAAGCCAAAGGCCAGGAAACGCAAGAGUUCAGGAAAGUCUGUGACAUUUCUAUGCAAAGCUUGCAUUUAUGCAAGUGACCCAGUCACAGCAGCAGUAACCAAAGAUGCUAUCUUCCUAGUUAUGCUUAUUUUAACACCAUCAAUCGGAAAGAAACCCUUGCUUCAUAAAAUAACUACAGGUGUUAACUUAGCAUAGACUGGAAAGAGAAGUGGCUGAAUUGCAACUUAUUACAAAACUUAAAACCAUGGAGAGACCUGCUCUGAAUAGAGACAUUGGAUUCUUAUUUCAUUAUACAUGAUAAAGCUAUUUUUAGCCAUCUCACCCCUUUCUUUUUCCUGUAAGACCAAUUGCAGUCGUUAACAGUUGUCAACAGGUUUACCACACCUAUCAGCCAAUCACCCAUUCCCACCACCCUUCUGAGUAAUACCCCUCCCCACCCUCUCACUAUAUAUAAGGGUCUGGUGACUUCUGUUUCAGUGUAUCUGAAGAAGUGUGCAUGAACACAAAAGCUCAUCCCAAUAACAAACUUAGUUGGUCUCUAAGGUGCUACUGGAAGGAAUUUUUUUGUUUUUAAUUUUGUUUCUACUACAGCAGACCAAUACGGCUACCUACCUGUAACUACAAGAAAAAUGUCAGGCCUUAUUUCCACCUCUGCAUUUCAUUAUUGUUUCUCUCCAAACUUUCCCCCAUCUUGGUCUGUGUGCAAAACUAGGACAAUCCUUUCAAUGGAUCUGAUGCAGUAGGCUCUAUUCCAUGAAAACCUAUGCUACAAUAAGUCUGAUGAGUCUUUAAGGUGCUGCAAUAUUUUUUCCUCUUCUUGCUGCUACAGCCUAAUCAAUCUGCCCAACUGAAACAAAUAAGAGAUACGGUAGUAUAUGGAUGUUUGGUGGUGGAAUUCUAAUAGGCACAAAAUGUAAGAAAACCCUCUCAAUGAUUUCCCCCCUUCUUUUAAAAGAAAACCCAGAUACCAUGGAAGAAAGGAAAUAGCUCUGCAGAUAUUUAGUAAAACUGUCUGGCCUAAAACAACUCUCAUACCUGCUCAUAUUAACCAGUGUUUUUACUCCAAAAACCUCCACAGGUUUCAUAACCACAGGCACAAAUCAAACGCCUGCACCAGAAGGCAAUGAAGCUGGAGAAGGCACCCAUCAGUUUGAAGAUGACAUGAUGUACAUCGAUAACUAA